AUGGCGGACUCACCUGCAAUUAGCAGCUCUCAAUCCGAACAAGCCUUACCUGAGAAAAAGAACAAUGGAAGCGGAGACAGGAAGAAUCAUGAUAGGGAAAGAUCCAUCAGUGUCGUGGGCACCGCAGCGAGAGCAAAACUCGCACAAUUAAUACAACUGGCCAGUGAGGCACAAGCCGAAGGCGAAACCGAUUACAAAAAAGUGGUAGAUACCGUGUUUGACUCGGUAAGACAUUAUUUUUUAAAUUUGUUCCCUAAAUAUUCUCUUUAUUUUACAAGAUCAGCAUUAUAUGAGUUCUAUUUUCAAUUGCAAGUUAAUUUUUUUGGUUCAUUUAAUUCGUCGAACUUGAGGUGAUAUUGGAUUAUAAAGUUUAGGGAAGGAGGAAAUACAUUUCCGGAUUGGCUGCGCGCGCGAAUCGUGUUGAUUACAUGUCAUUUUCUAUUUCCUACAAAAUAUUAUUUUUAACCUUUGUGUUUCAACAGCUCGUUGGUGGAGUUUUUGAUCUGGAAGCGCGGUUCACCAUCAAAGACUCAUCGGAUCUUGUCAUAUUAUUGGAGCUGUUAGGCCACUGCAAUGUCUCAUUAAAGGUGCGUGAUUUUUCCAAAACUUUGAUGUAUCUUUCACUGAGCCAUCUUGCAAAAAACCCAGAUUUUUCCACCCAAAAAAUAACAAACGGACAGCACCUCUUGAAAGCUCUUACGAACAAAGCUGUAUAUUUAUUAUUGCGCACUUUAGGAUUUCAUUAUUAAAAGAUCCAACCGUACAGAUCUAUAGUUAUAUUGACAUCAGUGGUCUUUUAACAAAAUCCAGUCCUUCUAUGACUAUGUCACACGAUUUUUAAGUCAUCGGAUUAGUUCAUAGUGAUAGUUUUUGAUGGGUAACUUUCAUUGUCAAGGGUACAAGACUCAGUAAGAAAGAUUUUUCUGUCGUGGAGUCCACAGGAUAGCGCACUGUAAUAUGAGCUUGAUGUUUAUUGUUCUGUAAGCUUAAUAUUACUGGAAGUAGACACUGCAGGUGUUAUUAACGAUAUCAUUGACUUUUCGUGGGAAAUUUUAGAUUUAAUUUAUUUAUCAUUUUGGGCAAAAAGGUGUCUAUUUGUAUUUUCACAAAUCUUACUUUUAUCUUGCAUAUGAUUAUUUUUAUAGAAUAUGCAGAAUAUAAAUAAUAAUAAAUAAACAAAUAGAUCGUAUUUAUACUUAAAAAUUAAAAUGUGCAUGGUUGGACCAUAUCAGACAUUGCAUGCAUGUAAAUUGAGAUAUCAAAAGUCAAAAUCAAACUAUGAAUAAGUAAAAGAACUAUGUUUAAUUUUUUUUUCAAAAAGUAUGGUUUGUAAGAAAAUUUUCGUUGUCUUAAAGUGUAAUUAAAAAUGAAGAGUAUGUGUGUGAAAUGCCAACCCAUUAUUAUAACAGCCCUUACUUAUGACAGUCUUGAAUAAUUUGUUAUGAAAAGGUAAAAAUAUUAGAGACUAAAGGGUUUCUUUGUUAAAGAAAUUAACUUUUGUUAGAUGUUAAGGUUUGAAUGCAGUUGAUGAAUUAAACAAAAAAUGAUUUGCAGACAGAGGAUUUAAUGGGUAAGACCUGCUUAAGGCACUUUCAAAGUUCUUAGCUAAAGUUGUAGUUUUUUCCUUUUUUAGGAAAACAACCUAAGGAUAGUACAUGCAGAGUGCCUUUCAAAUUAUGGAGCUAAAACAUUUUUGUUUAAAUUUUUAAAAAGGCAAAUUGAUUCUGUAAAUAAACAGGCACGACCAAAAUUUCAGGACACCAAGACUGUCAUGAUUCUGAAGUUAGCAAUAUUUGGGCAGAAUACCCUAAACCAGGCAUUAAGUUAUUUUCAAUGCAACAGUGACAUUGAAUCCUUUUAUUAUAUGGCUAAGCCUGUUUUCACCUUGAAAUUGGUUAAUUUGCAGAUUAUAACUCACUGUACAGACCAAAAUAAAUGCAGUUGUUCAUUUUGCUCUCUAAAUCGUUAUCCGCAAAAAAGGUAGAAAACUAUCUUAAACUGUCUGUCAACCCUAACAACCUAGCCGCGGCCUAGGCUGGAUAGUGAUUUAUCCGGUGGAUAGUGCUAUUCAAUGUUUGAAUAACCGGGGCCUGGAAGUUAACAUCGCCCUGCCAAAUUUUGACCUAAAUGUAUUUGAGAAAGAAGCGGAUGAAGAAGUUAAUUAUAGUGGAGAAGAAUAUUCUAGCCAAGAAAUUGACAACUUUAUCCAAAGCCAAAAAUUAAAAAACACAGUCAAGAAAACUAAACUAGACUGGCAGAGAUUCUACACCUGUUGCCAAAGAAAGCUGAGUGGUUCUUUUGGUAUAACAAACAUACCUUUUCCUGAUCUUAACGAGAACCUCUGCAUUUUUUUCAAAGACCUGAGAAAAAAUGAUGCCAGUAACUAUGAGCUUUACUUGGUCUCCAUUUUUCAAAAGAGCAUCCAGCAUCACAUUACGUAGCAAAAACUUCCUUUUAACAUCCUCAUCAGGAGCGUUUUGGCCGCCAAGAGAAAGAGUUUAGUUAAGCAAGGACGUGGAAACAACCCGAACGCUGGCUGUGAGUUGAUGGUUGAAGAAGGAGGGAAGCUAAUUUGGAAAUCACAACCAGCAUGCAUUGCAGCACCCUUUGGUGGUUUGCUUCAGAGCUAGAGAUGAAAGCAGAAAGUUGUAUUGGGGAGAUGUAGUGCUUGACGUAGAUGAAGAGACUGGCCAUGUAGUGCUAAUUUGGACAGCUGAAAGGAAAACAAGGUCGCGAUAGUGCUCAUCACAUCAAUUCUGUCUUAAAGCUUUUGCCACUGGCACCAACAAUAACCUGCUCUUUAUUACAAGUUGUUUAGGGACCACUGUCUGCAGAAAUCCAACAACCCAGAGUUGCCAUUCUAUCUGGCAGUUGACCACCAAACCUGGUGCCAAAGCGCAACAUGGUACAAGUGCUCACCACCCGGCAAAAACGAAAUCGGGAAAUUCAUGUCCAAGGCAGCAAAAACUGCUGGUUUAGCCGCUCAAAACAGGAAGAUGAAUCAUUCCAUCUGUAAAAUGUCAGUUUCUUGUCGGCUUGAUACUGGUGUGCCAGGAAAUUUUGUGAUGCAACUAAGUGGCCACAAAAAUGUGCAAAGUUUUUGAGUUUGUACAAAUCAGCUACCCUCACACACCAGCCGCAUAAUGUCAGAUACUUUGAGCAAAAGAUCGAUGAGUAAUAAUGGCGCCACGUCAAUUCUUGAAGAAAUCUUUUGCAGAUUAUUGUUUUCUUCUGAGAGCCAGAUGAGGUCAAGUCCAAAUCCCCCUGCUGAAUUCUGUCAAGGCCAAAGCUUUUUGGCAGGAGCAACAAUGAACAACUGUGUUUUUAACAUCAUUCCAUCAAGCUCUGCAAAGCACCCACGUAUUGAUUAUCAGAAAUAGAGGCUUCUUUUUUUUCAACUGUGGACUGCAGCAAAGUUUGAUCUUUUCCUUUUUUUUGUACACUUAAAGAACUCUUAGUUUUGAUGAAAUUUUUAUCAUGGCUCAUUUGCAUUUCGAUUUUACAUUCGAAGCCCUUGUGAUGUGCUAUUGUCUUGCGAAGCCGAUAAAAACUUUCUUUUGGAAUUUCUGACACCUGUCAAAUGACUGUCAAAUUGCUUGUCCUGUACUAUUUUCUUGUCCCCCCAAACAGGAAGCCAUAUAAUGAACAUCUUUAGCCAAGUAUAUAAAUAGUCUUAUAAAUAUCUUUGACUCUUUCUUUUUUUUAACCCACAUGACUACAUAUUUCACACCUGUCACUGAGAUCUCAAAUUGAAGGGUAAAUACACCAAAUAGAGAGGGAAUGAACAAAUAGGGUAUUAAAGUAGCUUAGGGUCACAUUCAUAUUUGCUAGGGAAAAUCCCUGGUGACCAGCCAUUAAUAAAAACCCUUUAUUUCCAUACAUAUUUUUUGGAAAGUACUUUGCACGGGUACUGGUACCAUUAUUUUUCCCCUAUACCUGUUUGAUUUUCGCCUGCUUGUUGGAUUUACCAGGCAGGCAAGUUGAAAUCUUAGUGACAGCCCGGAGUUCAGUCUUCUUUAAAAUGUUCUUUUUUUCAUCAACAGGUUCAAAUUCUAGGAUUGCUCAUUGCAAUUUUAAGAAAGAGCAUUCCUAAUUUGCAAGCAGCCACUAAAAUUGGUUUGAUUGAGAGGGUACUAUGCCGACUAACACAGGAGAGAGAAGUUGUUGCUGGUGAGGAAAUGUUACUGUUAAAUAUUUCACUGUUCCCCCAAAUAGUCAUCUCCUUGUAUGUAUUUUGUGGUUGACUAAUCUGCAAGCUGGGUAUGUUCCACUAAAGGUAUGGCAUAAUAAGUCUUUGAAUAAUGGCCAGGGAAAGUUAUUAUUAAUCUUUGUAUGUUGGAAGGGAUUCGAGUAAGGGUGCAAGGGUGCAAGUUCUGGAAAACCUGCAGAAUCUUGCAAUUCUCAAUAAAGUUAAUAUGUAACAAUUUAUUUUAAGGAAACAAUAUAAUGAUUUUGUCAGUGGACAUACAGGUGCAUGUACCGUAGUCACUUUUUAUGAAUAUUAACAAUAGAAAGGCUUAUUUGUUUGUUUAGUUUGGACACUUAAAACAGUUUAUUAUGUAAUCAGGGCUAUCACUAGGGGGCAGCUGCUACACUGGAAGCUCUCUUAACGUACACUCUCACAAGUGGAUAGCUCUAGUUGUAGUAGUAGUCUAUCAUGAUACCAGGGCUGUCAUUAAGAGCCAGGGCCGGGGAUUUCCCCUGGCUAUUAUGAACGUGGCCGCUGAUACUUUCAUAGAAGAAUAAAAGAAAAAUAGAAGCAAAAGAAAUCCCUAGCUGUUUCAUUCCUCACCUACUUGUUGUAUUUACCUGGCAACUUGAAAUCUUAGUGACAUCUCUGUGAUACUGGAUAAAGAUGGUUUUCUUCACCUUUCUUCUAGACAAACUUGUGGAACUUUUAGGAAUCUUGUCUGGUUACAGCAUCACUGUUAAAGAACUCAAGACACUGUUAGCCACUUUGAAGGGUGUGAAUGGAAAAUGGGUAAGUUGAAAGGAAAAGUUCAUGUCUGACUGGCCUCACAGUGGGUAGUAAGGUAGAUUGAGAAAAGUUGGGUGAAACCCACUUGGGAGCGGGGGUGAGUCGGUGAAGUUGAGCCUGUAAUCAUUGUUUCCAAUACCUCAUUCCGGGUCAAUUUUGACAGGUUUCAUCAACACUUACACUUGUGUCAGUCACUUGGCUUUGCACAUGCAGAGUCAAACACACUGCACAUUUUGACAUUAGCCAUUUUGACAGAAGAAUUUUUUUUUUUGUGGAAGUGGGCAGAGUGGUAGGCAGACUGAGGUUUUGAAAAGAUACCUACAAGCUCUCCUUUUCUCUCUCUAUGCUGUUUUCUCUCUUGCUUACUUGCUCUUUUGCUGCUUGCCCACUUUUUUCAUUUGUCUGCUCUGACUGAGAGCCUAGCUGGCACUCACAGGCUAUCCUGCUGAAGGUUGAACUUAUGAACCGCUGAUUUUUAAUCCCUAUAGUUGAUCUUCACUAUAACACACAAGACAAAUAAGUUGCCAGCUCAGUGAUUUUCCUUUUAAGUAUUUCUUAAAUUACUUUGACGUGUUUCAGUUACAGACUUGGCAUAACCUUCACCCUUCUGUAAAUAGUUUCUUAAAAACUUGCUUUCAUAUCUUGUAAUUAUUUUACCUAGUUAUAGAGACUAAAUUUAACUAAAAAAGAAUAAACUGCAACAUGUACAUGUAAGUACAUGUACACAGUGGGUGUCCAUUAAAAGAACGUUAAUCGUAUUGCAUGAGUGUUUUAAAAUAUUUUUCAUGAUUUUUAUCUGUGAUUAAUAACAAUUUUGUCAUUACUUAGGAACUGGUAGUGUGAUUAAAGUUCAUAAAUGAAUCCAAAGUUAUAAAUAAUUCCUAAGUAAUUUUUGUCCUUGUUUACAGCCUUGUCAUACAGUAAAGUUGUUGACAGUGUUAAAACUGAUGUUGGAGAAGAACGGGCCCGAUGUCUAUUUCAGCUUUUCAGGAAAAGAGGGCGGGGUGAGUUGUUUCCAUAACAAGCUCUCUAUAGUACUGAACCCUCACAGUGUAGGCCUUUGUUUAAGUCACAGGUUGGUCUAGAGGGAUUUUAGAAUGUUCCAUUGCAGGAUUAUAUUUUCCCACACACUUACUGCUUUUCUUAUGAACAGGUGUAAGGAUACUGCGGAGUAAGGGCAUUAAUUACCUACCAAAAGUCAGAACUGGCUGACCAGACUAACUAUUUUGAACAUGAAGUAGGCAUUUUUUGCAAGAGAUUUCACUUUAAACCCUUGCUGCAAUUCAUACUAUUCGGUGGCAGUUGUAGAUGUAGGGGAGGGGGGAAGGCCACCUUAUAUUUAGGUCAAGCUGAGGCCCUUGAGGGCCCCAAACAGUAUUUUCAAGGCUAGGCCUCCCUAGGCCUCAUAUAUCAGGGACUGGAUGAGUGGACCUCUUUCUGCUAUUUAAAGUUUUGAAUCGGCCAGUGCUAUUUAGGAACAGACUGGUUGGACAGUUUGACCAAUGGUAAACACCCAGGUUCUUUGUCAAUGUUGUCUCUGCUAAUGUUGUGCUUCAUUUGGUAACAAUUUUUUUGCAGGCCAUCACAUUACCACCCAUUUCCAAAUGGCCUCUACAGUCAGGUUUUACUUUUUCAACAUGGCUCUGUCUUGACACGUCACAUCUUGCAAAUGCAGAAAAGUGCAAACCCCACUUGUAUUGGUAAGUUGAUCAUAAGUUUAGUAGCAGUAGGCAUGCCUCAAUCACAUACAGCCAUGAAAUGGUACCACUGAGGGUCAUGUCUGAGAACAGCAUUUAGGCAAGACUGAUCCGUCAGUUGGGAUCUCAACCUGUAAUCUAUACCCUCUCUCUUCAUUCUUAUAUUAUUAUAGUACAAAAAUAGUAGGCUUAAGUCAACCACUGGCUAAUAGUAAAGAAUAGAAAUUUAAACUUGCUUCAAUGACUCAAUACAGGACUCUCUGAUGAGUGGAAAACUUGACUUUGUAUUUUCAUAAAAGAACUAGCAUUAACUGUUACUAAGGGUAUGGAAAAGUGGGCAACAAAAAACGUGUAACUUGUUUUGCAACAUUGCUACAAAGUGAGUUGAAUAGCGAUGGUGUGUGUUUUACCACUCACAUCAAACCUGUCUUGCAACAAAUCAGGUUGUUAACAGGUUUGAACGAGGGUGGUAAAAUGUGCAACAUCGCUAUUCAACUCAUUUUGCAGCAAUGUUGCAAAACAAGUUGCACGUUUUUUGUUGCCCAUUGUUCGGUACCUUAAGAGAGUUCUUUUUUAAUAAUGUUUGGUACAAUUUUUUGUUGUUGCAGCUUUCGGACGGGGAAGGGGCUUGGUUAUUCUGCUCAGUUCUCUGGUCCCAUGCUGGUCUUGGAAAGUGCUGUAAAGACUGGCAAACGUGAAAAUAAAGUCCUUCAUCAUCUGGUCAAGUUUGAGUUUCACCCUCAAAAGGUUACAUAUAAUAGUCCAGUUUCGAAUUAAAAAUUACCACUGAAUACAAACAUUAACAAGCCAUUCAUACAGGGUUAGCCUCGACGUAAAGUAAAAUAUUCAGAAAUUCUGACAAGUAAGUGUUUGAAAUUUGGAUAUGCGCAAUAGACAGAGUAAUAAACACUUGGGUCUUUUUCAUAGCACUAAAGUUUUACGUUACAACCCACAUUGGAACUGAAUAAUGAGCAGUGAAUUUGUUGAACAUCCAGUUUGGUUUGUUACCAAUUUUUUUUACUUCUUAUUCAAAUCUCUUGCACUUUUUUGGUUUAACUACCUUAUUUUUUACCCCCUCUUUUGCAUUAAUUUCCAUUAUUUGAAAGUCGUUUUCCACUAAAUUUGCAUUAAUUUAAGUUGCAUUGAUUUCCAAUACCUUAAUUUCAUGGAGCAUUAAUUUCCCAUAAUAAGGUAAUUCCAACCUUUGAGAGAAACUUACCUCUGUUAAUACAAAUAAAGCCCAAUUAUGUGAAUUACUCCUUUAUCCUUUUAUGCCUGAUAGUGACCUAAGAAAAAUUUCACAAUAAAAUUGCAGUUCUUCUUCUUAAAUUCUUUGUCAAAGAGUUUUCAUUUGUAACACAAUAGUAUUUUGUCCACAGAUUUUUUUAUUUAAGGUGACAAAUAAACUCACCAAAACACUUGAAAGGUUUAAUACAUGAUAAAGUGUUUUACUUUUUCAGUGGUACAUGGUGACAGUUGUGCAUGUGUACAACAGAUUUCAUUCCAGUGAGAUCCGUUGCUUUGUUAAUGGUAAAGUAGUUUCUACAGGAGAGACAACUCUGGUCCAUGCUAAUGAGGUAAAUAUUAUUUAUUCUUUUAUUUCUCAGUAGCAAAAUUUCCUUGGAUCACUGAUGCAUAUCAGAUAGAGCACAUGUAUUCACCUUAGGUGAUUCCAUCAGAUUUUUUACACUUUUGUAACAAUAAAGCAUUUUCUCCGACUCCAUAAGAAGUACAUGUCCUUUUGUAUGGCAAGAAUUAUUUUGAGACUGCAUGGGAGUGUCCUUUUCCUCUUGUACUUGUAAUGAAUGGACAACCAUUGAAAUGGUACAGAUGAAGAAGACAUAAUUGUGGCCAUCAGUACAUUUAAACCUUUGCAAAAAAAAAAACAUAUCAGAACCUCCUAACAUUAGUGAGUUAUUUUUACAUUAUAUGUGUACCCUGAUUAUUUCAUGAGCCCAGCCUCAUAUACUGUCAUAAAUUUCAAAUUCAAUUUCCUCAUCAUCUUGCAAGUUUGCUGUUGUAGGGUCUUGUAGGUCUUUUUUGUAUCUAAAUGACCAGAUUUUAAAAUCUAACUUAGUGUUAAUCAUGCUGUAAUGUAUAUAUAUUGCGGUUUCACUUACAUUGUACAAGAUACAGUGCCUCCACAUACCCUUUAUUACCAGUAAAAGUUUGAAGUCCUGGUGCUAUUUUCAUUGCUCCUGAUGCAUUGACUCAUUAGUUGUAGAGUUUAGCUAUGACUGGUUUUAAGAGAAACAAAUAUUUUCCACAGCCAUUUGACAAGUGCUACAUAGGCUCAUCCCCAAAGGCUGACGAAUCCACUGUGUUCUGUGGACAAAUGGCUGCCGUUUAUCUGUUCUCAGAGGCAUUAAGUGCACAGACAGUGGGUGCCAUUUAUCGACUGGGGCCCGGAUACAAGGUAAAUGGGGCUUUUUAAACAUGGACAAUAAAAUUAAUGGCAGUGCUCAGGAAGAGGCCAGUUUUGUCAAAAUUGGUAAAUAAUGGCUGAAGAGGUAAAUUUUAGGGACAGCUUUUAAAUUUUGAGUACGAUGCAAUAGUUACCACUUGGCAAUGUUAACAGAAGGGGAAAAACUAUGGUUAUCUCUUCCUUGGAGGAAAAUGCUAAGGUGUCAAUUCUCGGUGUUACAUCAUACUUUAAAAGUCUUGUAAAAUUAAAAUUAUGCUUAGCUCUUUUGGGUGAAAAGCCCAGGGCUGGGUUGUUCGAAGCUGGGUUAAGAUAACCCAGGGUUAGUGUGAAAUUUGAACUCAAAUAUGAGAGCUUAUAAAGCAAAUUCAGUUUAAUUCACGUUGCCUUUAAUUUGAUGAUUGGACACUCUAAAAAGAAUAGAUAAAAUUAUCCGAUAGAGUGCUUUUGAUAGAAAGAAAAAGAAUCCAGGGUUAAAAUUUAACCCCGGGUUAGCACUAACCGGCAUUCGAGCAACUGGGCCCUUAACGGAUCCAAAAGGCUAUGAAAUGUGACAUGUUUUUUUUGUUUUAUCUUAGAGCCAAUUUAAGUUUCCUGCAGAAAUUGAUACUCCUCUGUGGGAGCAAGACAGGAAGGUAUUAAAGUCUUAGUCAUCAUCAAUGUCAUUGUUUUGGUAUAAUGUAAUUUAAUGUAACAAUUGAUGUACUUAAUGAAGCGUGUUUCUUUUGUUAGGCUUUAACUAUGUGCACAGAUAAAACCAAGACACUUCCAGCUACUUUCAGGAAGUGAAAAGUAGCUGGCAGCUUAUUUAUAAGGGAUCGUUAGCAGUGGAAGCUUAACACUUGUUUAAGGUUGUUGCUGAUCACUGUGGCCAGCAGGAUAGCAGAAAGAAAGAACAAACAACAACAACAACAACAACCAACAAACAAAAUCUUUAUUACUGAUGCAGUAAAUCACACUGUAAUUAAUACUCUUUGAUCAUUGAGGCAAUCAGUGGUGUGAAAUUCAAUGUCAUCAUAAACUCUCUGGGACUACGAUAAAAGGAGCAAAAGUGAACAAAGAAUUACCUGUACGGUGUACAUCGAGAUGGAUCUGCUUAUUGAGACAAAAAACUCCUAUAAUUUUCUCCUUAAUUCAUUUUAAAAAAAGAAGAACCGCGGCAGCAUUAGCUCAGUCGGUAGAGCGCUUGAUUCCCGGGGCUGGACCAGUACUCAGGGUCUUGAAAUAACUGAGAAAUGAAGGUACUCCCUUUGCACUGUAAGCGGCUAGAGCUUCGCGUGGCUCGGAUGAUUACGUAAAAUGGCGGUCCCGUCUCCGGUAGGAGAGGUAAAAAUAGUGUCCCCAGUUAGCACUUUCGUGCUAAACGCAUUGACACUCGAAUAAACCGCGCGAACAACAACAUGUGUUAUAAUUUAUAGUAAGUUAUAUGACAAAAGGAGCUGUUUCUAGUAACUGAUGACCUAAUUUGCUUGAGAAAGAUAAGGGGUUUUUUUUGUUUUGUUUAAAGCAUAAAAAAUUAUUGAAGUAGUCAUUUUGUAUUUUCAGGUGCUGUAUGAGGGUCACUUGUCAGCCUCUAUUAUGUUCAUGUACAGUCCUAAGGCUUGUGAUCAACAGCUUUGUCUUGAAGCUUCACCAACUGAAAAUCAUUCUUUCUUUUGUCAUUCACCACAUGCUCUAAUGCUGGAGGUAAGACAGAACACCGCAAAUUACAGCAUUAAAAAAGAUAGUCCCCAAAGGGGUUUUUUAAUCCCGUAAUCCCGACUUAAAAUUACGGGCAAUCCCGUGGUCACGAGGGUUAUUUUGGGCAUCCCACCUUCCGUGCAUUCUUUUAAUCCCGAAUCUUGCCCCUAUUUUGCUUUAAAAUCCGGAAUCCCGAGCUUCAAUUGAGGGAAAUCCAGGAUCCCGUAAAAUCUAUUGGGGACCCUCCAAAAACGAAGAAUGAUUUAUUGAAAGUGAGUUAAGUUCAUGAUGAUUGGUCAGACGGACAGACACAGCAGGCAGGCGGGCAGACAGAUAGACCGGCAGACAGGAAGAUAGACAAACAGAUAGGUGGGCGGGCAGACAGAUAGACAGACAGACAGGCAAACUAACAGUAGUUUAUGUAAACUACAAUUUUGAAGAAUGACACUGAUCCGCUACCGCAAAUAGUAUAUAAACUGAUCUUGGUGAGCAGAAGAACGUACAUUAAAACGCCGUUUUUCGUUUUUCUUUUUUUCAGGGGGUUCAAUCUGUUGUCACUCACUCGCUUCAGUGUAUUCUGCACUCGUUAGGAGGAAUCCAGGUAAGAAAUAAGUGGAUGCCAUGUGUAUAAUGCGUAUUAAUUGGAGUAAUUUUUUUUCUAACGGUACGUUGAUUUGUUGUGGGUUUCUUGUUCGAAACUAUUCGGCUUUGGCAAAAUCCUUUUAUGGCACUUAGCUAAAAAGGGUCACAACUUUGAGUUUCUUUAUCGAUUUGUAUACGAAGAAGUGGCAAUGAUUAUUUUGGUAUUCUUUUAUUUUUAUUUUGACAAAGUAGAGCACUAAAAAUUGAAGAUAGUGUGCUUGUCAAGGACACUUAAUAGCAGUUUGAACGGUGUCAACUAGCACGCGCAUUAGAACCCAGCGCGCACAUGCUGUAAAAUACGACGCAACAGACGAAAAAGAAUUUCGUCAUAGACGAAUAGAGAACGGAAAGAAAAAUGCUCAAAUCUGAGAUGGAAAGGAAAAGGCGAAGUAGUCGUCUUUUUCGAAUUUAAUCAGUGGAUUAUUAUCGUCACCCUUUAUUUUACCGUGUACUCUGAUACGUAUUGUGAAAGCAGUGAUAUGUGUCGUGACGAAAACCUGGACGAUGUCCAUUCAAUUAAAAAUGGACGUUUUCACGAAUGGUACGAAGAUUACAAGAUGUCCGACUGGAUUGAGGUAGGACCAGUCGAAGCCUUCAUCAAAGUGAGGAUGUUAGGGGCACCCAACGGCCGAAUGUUUCCAAAUACGCCAGAGAUGCCUCAAAUGGUUUUUUUCUACGCAUUAGAAGCCUGUUUUGUUAAUUUGGAGCUGCCCUAAAAACUAUUUUUCUUUUCGGAUGUCUCAAGGAAACUUUGGUCGUCUGUCGUCUCUCUUUAGUGGUCUUCCAAACUGUUCCCUCUCUGAUGGGUGUAGACUACGAGUACUCCCCCAUCUUUCCUCAGGGAUAGUAGAGCGAGCGAAACGCAAGCGCGCGUGAAAAUCACCCCACGCGAGAAAAGACUCCCCGCCGCGUGUCGCCUUUUCUCGCGUGGGGUGAUUUUCACGCGCGCUCGCGUUUCGCUCGCUCUACUAUCCCUGAGGAAAAAUGGGGGACUACUCGUAGUCUGUGAUGGGUGUGGUCGAAAGUUUGAGGAUAUGAAGUGGCCGUAUGGAGUUCAUUAGAAGAUUCUAGAGGACCUUUUGUUUUUGUACCCAAAUAAUUUUCAGCAGACCUUUUGUAUCAAUAAUCGCAGUACCUUGGUACUAAAAUGUGAAAAACACAACCUUUCGAAAAUCUUAGAUAAGCUAGGGUAAAAGCUCCGAAUUUCUUAGACGGAUUGAACGGUUAUUCAGAAAUUCAGUGUUACCCUUUCUCGAGCUUAAGAAAUUUUUAGGUAAUAUUUCCUCCUUCGAACAGUCGUCGGCUGCCCCCUGAGGAUAUUCAGAGAGUCAGAAGGGUAAACUCGUGCUACUGGAGAAGACAAAGCACUUUUGUAGGCAAGGGAGAACUGACGUUACUUUUAGGACAACAGCUUUAUACAUGAAACUUAAUGUGUAUAAAAAACACAGCUACCAAGACAUUAUGACGCAUAAUUUUGUCUUGGGCUUCGUUACAGAAUUAUUCCGCAAACAGACGUCGAAAAUUUCAAGUUAACGUUGGCACAAUCAUGAAAGAAAUGACUACGCCAACGGUAACGUUCGUUCGAAAUUCGGGCUCACUGACUUUGAAACGUGUGGCUCUGCCCAGAUGCAGAAACAGCACUGUUGUUCGGGCUGGUCUAGUAGCGCAUGCGUUUCAGGACUACGUUUACCCGAAUGAUCAUACUCAGCCUAAGUAAGAAAUAAAUCCUGGGAUUCAAAGUACACACUACAGUACAAAAUAAAGCAGUGACAUGCAAUUUCGUCUUCGAACGCCUAUUCGGUUUCCGAGAAGUCACACGUUCGAGUCCCUUGGAGGGCUCAAGAUUAACUUUUUCUCCCACCCUCGUAGUAUGACAAUUAUUACAUCGCUAUGUCUGCUUUAAAAUUGCGGUAGUAAUAAGAACGUGUGGUUUUGUUCAACGUUAUAGAUGCUACUUCCAUUGUUCACUCAACUGGAUUUCCCUCAGGAUGGAGCUAAAGAUACCAGUGAUAUUCCUGAGGUAGCAAUAUGGUAAGCAAGUUUAAAAUGUAAAAAAAUUCCCUCUGUCUGGGACCCUUUGGGCUGGUUGUUAAGACGGAGUUUAAGGUACGGUAGAGGGGAAAGGAUUUAGCUUCUUGACCCUUUAAAUUCUAAUAUCAAAAAAUUUAAACUUUCGUUGGUGCCUCGGUAAACCUCCUUUGGAAGUAGAUGAGAGAAGAUGUUCAAAAAUCAAUAAAAUUCAUCUUGCGUGAUCAUGCCAUUAAUUCUCAUUACCAGUCUGUUUAAUAAAGCGCUGAAAUUACAGGGAGAAGUUGGAUGCUGAUCACACUUAGCGCUUCCAGGGUUUAAAUAAAAUCUCCUUAGAUACAGAUUUCGAGGUGCAGUUAUUUCCGUAACCUCCGUUUGAGUUAUAGACUUCGUAAAUAACCCACCCUUUGUGUUGCGCGCAGGACGCACAUUCACGAGGCCAUGCGACUUAUGAGUUUACUAUAACCCACCCUACCACGGGGGAGAGAAAAAAAUCAGGGAGGGUAGCUAAGGAUUCUGAGGGGUAAUUGAGUUUUUUCAUAGGUUACCGCCGUUCCUCAAAACAAUACCUAGAAUUUCUCGACAAGUUGCUCCAAAAAUGUAGAUGAAACUUACAUUGUUUAUUUUCUUCAGUACUGUUCUUCUUUCACUUCUAUCCGAUCUUUUGCGGAGUUCAUGUACCAGUCAGCAGCAGAUGAUCCAAUGCCAAGGAUUUCUUGUCAUCAGUCAUGUUUUAGAGAAGGUACCAUACAGUAAAUGAUCCAGUGGAAUGUAAAGGGCAUUUCUUGCUUACGAGAAUCAUGCGGUCAUGUUUUGAGAGGGAAGGAUACCAUACGGGAGCUUGUCAAUCUACAAAUAAAUUCUGGGAAUGCAAAAAAACCUGUUUGUUAUUGUUUGCUUUUACUGUUGCUCUGACGACGCUGUAAUGCAGGCGCAAGCAUAAAAUUCAAGUGGUGUAAUGAGGUGUAACCCGGACGUCUAUUGUAAAAAAAAACAACGACAACAACAACCAACUCUGUUUCAGUGGCGAAUGAGAUUUCAUUUCGGGUAUCGGUUUACGAGAACUUAUGACAGAAUCCAUCAGGAAAUUGAGUAAUUUUAAUUUUCAGUGGACAAAAACCUUGUGCCAGAAUAAUUUAACCAAUAUCGCAUUCUUUUUUACUUUUUUCAAGGGCUAAAGAUGUAAUUGUUUAUCUGCAAUAACACCAAAGAAAAUUUCUUAUGGGGGUCCAAGAAAAUAAAUGUGAAAUUUCACAAAAGGACAUCUUACACGUGAAAUUUUCAGAAUUUUACCUGUGUUUUCACAAUUCUUAUGAAAUUUGACAUUUAUUUUCUCGAAUUUUUUGGUUCAAAUAAAAACCGGCUCGAUAUUAAGUAUUUCGGAAACGAAUCGAUGAUUUCCUAGUAUUUCAGUGGGAAAACAAGUGGUUAUAAGUUGUACUGAUUUACAUUUUGUUUGAUGUUGUAGGCUGUCUCCACGCAUCUCACGGAAGACGCUUUAAAUAUUCUGCUCUCUCUUGCAAGGCAUGUGAUUCCUUUUCAUCAUCAACUUUACUCUUGUGACAUCCUUCUGUUACUUUGUUGUUAACCCUUUCAGCCCCAAUAUCCAAAUACAAAUUCUCCGGACUUAACUUCAUAAAUUUACCCCCGCCUAGUUAGCUCAGUUGGGAGAGUGCCGGUCUGCUGAGCGGGAAGUCGCGGGUUCAAACCCGAGCCGGACCACCACUCAGGGUCUUUAAAUAACUGAGAAGAAAGGGCUACCUUUGCAAUCUGCAAACGGUUAGACUUUCAAGUCUUCUUGGAUAAGGACGAAAAACCGUAGGUCCCGUCGCACACCACUUUCACUUAUCUGGUUCUUGUGGGACGUAAAAGAACCCACACCACUGUUCAAAAAGAGUAGGGGACGUUGACCCCGGGGGUGUGGUCAACCUCUCCUGGGCUGGGUGGGUUAUCUUUAAGAACACACUUAAAUUGGAGCCUCGCUCUUUUGUAUGUUCCGCAUCACAUGGUGGAAGUGAUUAAAUAUAUAAAUAAAGAAUUUUAUUAAGGAUCAAGUCAUUUUCCCUUUGAUAAUCAUUUUGUUCAUCAUCUUAACUUUUUCUUUUUUGAUAUAUAGAUAUUGUUAGGAGAACGUUGACGUUUGUCAAAUGAGUUAAUAUACCUUUUUUUGCCUUAAAAUUGAUACUUUCUUUUUAUUUGCAGAUAUCUUUUAAGUUCAACUGGAUCUGGAGCUUUAUUAGGAAGUCUCUUUGAUCAUAUUCUGUUCAAUCCAAACUUAUGGGUGAAAGCGUCUCCCAAGGUAUCUCUAAGCAUAUUUCUUUGAAUCAAUUCCAUUUUCUCUUAAUCCGCGUCAUUAUUUACGUAAGAGAACUUUGCCCUUUUAGCGUUCACUUUGCACCUGCCCCGCACAAUUAUCCGUACGCGGUUUCACGGGGGGUGAACAUGAGUAUUUUAAAACUCUUUACUCAAACUUAAAAACGUACUGGCUGAUCAAAAGAUGGAUAGCGCUAUCCACCAGAUAAAUCACUAUCCAGAGAACAAGUAAGUUUUAUAAAAUGUCGGAAUCCUUUAAAAUACUGAACUAAUCUUGAAGUUCAAAAAAAAAAGAUAAGUAUUCGGGGAACCAAUGGUGUUAUCGACUGGAUAGAAAUUUAUGCAGUAGAUAACGCUAUCAACCUUUCGAACAACUAGGGCCUGAUAGUUAAACCAAGAAAGAAUCGCUUACCCAACAAAUAAAGUAGGUAUGUAUGUGCCCCGAAUUCCCUCUGCAGCGUCGGUAUUUUUUCCCUAUUAAUUAUGGCGAGAACUUUGUCUUAUUAUUGUUUAAUCCAUCACCAUCCCGAUGGAAGCCACUUAAGUUCUGAUCUUUCUUUCCAUACAGGUACAGCUUCAGUUGUUUAGUGUGUUUGCCACAGACCUGGCAACUGGCACAGGAUGUGCAGCUCAUCUGCGCCGCGAUGUUGGGGUCAGCAGACUCAUGUACAUGUUAAAGACGUUUUAUCGGCUUUCCAGUGACAAUGAAUUUGAAAAAGGUAAACCCACAUUAAGAUUACAUUUUGAGGACAUGUGGUAGUUCUUUAGUCUCCUUCGCAGCCGUUUUUAGGCUCGUCACGCAACGGCUGGGAAGGAGACUAGUAGUUCUUACCCCUGUUUUGUUUCCGACAAUAAUGGAAACAAUCGUUGACCAAGGGAGAUUCGAAGGCACACCACGUGAUACGACUUAAUUCAAAAUAGCCGCGCAAGAAAACUUCAAAAGAACAUGGGCGGUAUGCAUGUCCAAUUAAUUUGUGAAUUUUUUUCCACUUGAUGAAAAUGUAUACAAAUUUCUACCUUUUUCGUCCAACGUUACAACAAUUUGUCAUAACGACAGACGUUCUGAGUUUAAGUGAAGACACCAUCUUAAGGCUUUUAAUAAAAAUUAGUAACAUUUAAAAUAUUUAUAAACGGGAUGUUAUUCCAUGAUUUUUGCGUCAUUUGUACCACUAUCUUCCAAUUGAUCUGCGUCUGGAUCAUCGUUUCAUCUGCCCUGCCUUACUUUAUUAUUAUUGUUUACUGUACAGAAAACACAACUCCAACAAAUGAAGAAAUCCUUUCUCUGAGAGCAUUUUUGCUGCUCUUGGUGAAACAGCUAGUACUAAAGGUAAGUUCGUAACUAACACCAGUCAUUAUUCAUUCAAAAUAUUUCUCCGCUUGUGACUGGCUCAAACCCCACGGCUAAUUCUACGUAACCUGCCAGCGUUGACCAAAUUGGGAAGACUUUUGCAAUAUCGGCAAAUAUGACGUCAGUAGUACAGGGUAAUAGCCAGAAAAAGGGACGGCAACCGACAAGUCCUGGGGACGAGGUUGCGUUGUUUUGGUAGAGCAAGACAAAAUGGCGCAACGUUUCACUCGUUUCGCGAAGAAGAAAUAGCCAAACUACGGUCUAAAAACAAAGCAAGAAUGCAACUGGAACACGAUUUCUUGCACUGGCAAUUUUUUUUUACUUGUUUUCCCAUCGCAUUGCUUUUAUUCCAUCAGUCUUUAAGCGCAUUCAAAGAUUCGGGUAUCGUGGAUAAGGUCUAUUGCUGUCAUUGCUGUCAUAUUUCCCUUACAUUCCUGAAAAGAUUUCUUUUUUCCUAAAACGUGUUCUUUGAGUUGCGAUGUCUUCUCAUUUAACCCUUUCGUGGCUAGAUCUUCGCAUAGAUUAGCCUGGGUAGCAGACGGGGUUUUAGAGUGUUUUACGUUUUUUAUUCGUAAAGAGAACUUCUCUGCCUUUCCUCCGCCCCCUCCCUCACCGUUUUCUCGUGCAGCUUUGUCUCUAACUUAACAGACCACAAACGAAAAUCUCACCAAAAAAAACGCCUUCUGCGCUGGCUAAGGGAAGAGUGAAAUCAUAAAUUAUGCAACUUUAGCUUUUUUAAAAGAAAAUAGAACGGCAGAGUUCCUAAAAUUUCUAAACGAUCUUUUUCCUUGAGAAUAGGAUCACAUGCUGACUCGUUGAAAUCAUGCUAUUUUUUCUUGUUCUCAGGACAAAGGCAUCACAGAAGAAGAAUUUCAAAGCGUUCUGUCCUACCUUAUGAUAACAAAUGAGGUAUCAGUAUUUUAGCUUAUUUUUAGACUGGUCAUUUUCUUCCUUAUCUUUUGUGGUUGUUUGGUGUUUUGAUGUCCAAGUUUCGUGCUUCAAUUUAGUAGGCUGGUCAUUUCACCGAGUCGCUCCCUCCAUUCCCAUGGGUACAUGUGGACACUGGUGACAUACUAGCAUCCUCUUAGUAUUUCUAGAUGCUUUAUUAUUCAGAAAUCACGAUAGGCUCCACCUCUGUGGUUCCACGUAUGCGACAUAAAGGCCUCUAUUCAAGGAAAUCAAGAUGCAAGGAACUUCUCGUAUAAAUGUUGUUCCGGGUAGAAGGGUCAUUCGCCUAACCGAUCCACUCUGAGCGAGCCAACUUUUCCUACAUUUCCUUUUUAAACCUUGCGAAGCGUUUACAUGAGAAACAAAAAGUUGGCUCGGCUAGAAGAAGGCGGAUCCGCCUUUUUCGAUGGUAGGGUCACCCUCCCAGCCACGAACAACGUUUCUUCAAUAUGAACACUUUCGCUCACUCAGCCGGGUCAGCUCGGUCAAGGGAAGACAUUUAGAGCAUGCGCGAGAGCUGUUGGCUCGGGCUAAGGGGUCAAAAUUUUUCCCAUAUUAACUCUCGUUAAAGUUGACUCGGCCGGGAGACUCUUCCCCAAGACGACUUAUCUCUUCAUAAACGGGACCUUAGAUACGACGCAACGAAGGGCCGCCAUUACAUGCUCGUAUAAAAUAAGGUACAGUCCAUGUGUUAUUUGAGCGCUUCUUAAGUAUGACGCGUCUUCUGUUUCCCUGUAUAAAUGGCCCUAAUUGUGUGUGCCCUUAUGUUUACUCUACAUUUUAGUGAUCUUAGUAGCAAUGUGAAACAUUUGAACCCAAGAGUCACUUCAUGAGUAGGUUGUAUCACGCAAGUAGAUGGUAUUUUAAAACUCUGGUUAUUGACCUGAUUGGUCAAUUAAGUCGCGAUGGUAUUGGUCUGUGUCAGUUAAGCCGUGAUGUGAUUGGCUAUGAAGACUCGUAAUGUCUUUGGUGUGUUUCGAUCCUUCUAUUGUAACAUUUAAACCACAGUCGUUUAUUGUUGGUCAAAUUGUCAGUUGUCCAGUCGUUCUCUCGUAGUUAGUUUUGCUUGAUUCUGUACGGUGCCGGUAACUGUAAUGUCAUAAGCAAAAUUGGUUUUUCUUCAGGAGGAGAAUCUUCUAGAUGUUCUUCAACUGGUGCUAUCAAUAAUGACCGAGCAGCCAGAUAUUUGUAUCGCUGUCUUUGAUAAAGUUGAUGGACUGAGGUAAGCUAAGCAGGUUCUCUUCUCUCAUUAGGCAGCGUAGCCGAGUGGUCAGUGCGUCGGGCAUAUACCUGUCCGAGUUAGUAGUCACUUCUCCGCAUAUACUUGUUUUUAGAUAAACUUCGUUUCACCUUAAUGUGUACUAUUUUACCCCUUAGUUUUCACUCGUUUUAGUUUUCUGAGCUAUUUGUUUUAUCUGUGUUCAACAGAGUUCUAUUUCGUUUCCUUGACAUGAAAUCCGAAGCGGUUAGAGUUUAUGCUUUGAAGAUUGUUGGCUGUUUUCUUCAGUACUGUCCAGCCAAGUAAGUGAAUUAAUACACUACCUUACGCUUCUCAAUUUAACCUUGGAAAUAUCGAUUUAAAUAAAAACAUGAUCGUCGCAGUGGCAAUUGCAAUUCCUUCAAGAGCAAAUACCCCCCCCAAAAAAAAAAAAAAAAAAAAAAAAAAAAAAAUUGUGACUUCAACGUUAUUCGAACCUAUGGCCUCUGCGUUAGCGCAUCGGUGCUCUACCCAACUGAGCUAUGAAGAUUCAUACAUUGGGAGCAGGCCAAUUUGUUGAGUUCAUCUUGACCCGUGAAAGGAUUGAAACACGAAUAUGAUGUGAACUGCGGAAAUUCAAAACUAAAUGAACAAAGGGAAAAUGCCUUGAUCAUUAAAUUCAAAUUUCAUUUUAAUAUGUAUUUCGGCAGUUCUUGGAAAUAUUGUUACCGAAUAAGGUUACUUUUGUAUACUGAGUUUCCAUUUCAGUGGGAAAACCAACUGCAAUUUGCUCGGCCCUUUACGUGCAUGUGGCUCCCUUUACACGCAUUAUUUUCUUCGAGUUGUGAUUAGUUCUUUGGCUUGUUUUUAGCUAGCUGGUCUCCCCCGCAGCCGUUUUUGUGUCGUCACGCAACGCUCCUCCCCAACAAACGGCCGUUCGUUGGGGAGGAGCGUUGCGUGACGAGACAAAAACGGCUGCGAGGGAGACUAGUAGCUAGCAUGCUAGCAAGCCCUCCAUUUCUUGAAGCAAGCCGCAAAAGAACACGCGAGCGAGCGAUCAAGCCUCUCGCCCUCGCUUCUCCCUCGCGUUUCGUUUCGUGACUUCUUGCGACUACCCCAAAUGGAGAGCUUGCUCGCUGGCUAGUUUGUAGUCUGCAAGCAAUCUCUCUACUGGAGAGCUUGUUUUUCUUUUUAACCAUUUAAGUCCCAAGAGUGACGAACAUAAAUUUUAUCCUCACAUUUUCAAUACAUAAUCAAGAGAAAAGGUUAAGGGAAUAAAUAAAACGAAAAUGCUUUGAUCUUUUAUCAAGUGCUCCCAACUAAUUCUGUAAGGAAAUGUAUGGAGGUCAAACCUUUUUACAGCAUGAAGAACCCAAAAACCUUUUGUGUGCUUUUACCACUAGCAUCAUAUCGUGUAGCUUUUUUAAAGAUUUGCAAAAUAAACUGGAAAGUUUUCCAGUUCUGAUAUUUAUAUACAUACUUUUUUUUCCUAUAGGAGAAGGCAGGAUUUGUUAGAACACUACAGUUUGUUUUCUUUGAUCGGCGAUAAGCUGAUGAACCACUCUCUAACACUUACCACCUACAAUGUGCUGUUUGAGGUACGUGUUGCUGCGUAUAAUGUGUUAGAUAUCAAUCUAACUUUUUAGCGGUCUGAUAAUUUGUUUUGUUUACCAUAUGUUUAGAUCUUGGUCGGACGAGUGUCCAAACAAAUAGUCAGCGGACACCACCCACAGCCAGAUAAUACCUUCAUUUUGCAAAAUACAAGUAAGUCACAGAAGUUACAUAGCGAUAGGUAAUUACUCAUAUGUUCAUUUUGCAGUCAGUUCUGUUUUCAUUGCCAAAUACACACUUCUGUAAAUGAUAAUGACAUUUAAGUAACAAAGUCAAGUAUUAUUUGGUGACACAGAAAGUCGUCCUUAUGGCAAGAACAAAACUGCGGACCAUCAAGUUUUGUUCAGACAGUCUGCUAGUGAGAGUAUGUCGGUGAAAUGAGGGAAUAAUUUCACUUGUGCUUUGUCCAAAUCCUAACAGUUCCGGAGCCUAGACCAAAACGCAAGUGAAAUUAUUCCCGAUUUUCACGUGUGAACCAUUUGAUUACCUGUAACAUGUAAUAUCAUAGGUGACAAAUUACACGCGCAAUCGUGGGUUUUUUACAUGUUUAUCGCAUCGAUCGAGAACUCCACGCACUGAAAAGUUUAGAACUUAAAUUUUGGAUUAAGUUCAUGAGUUUCAGAAUUUUUUGACAAAAUACCUGAUCGAAUCCUUCUAGAUGUUCUUUUUCGUGUGUUUAGGUUUUAUAAAUCGUUGUUUAACGCCCUGACAUCUUUAUUCAUAACAUUUUAAAACCUUGACACCAUCUUGGCACUGAAACGUACAGAACGUUGCCAUUGCAAUUUUGUAAUUUUACAUGUGUAAAUUAUCAAUUAACGCUGAAAUUUUUCGUCAAAAUUAAGGACUAAUUUGUCACCCAUGAUAUUACGAUUACAAUAUCUUCAGGGCCGUUUGUAAUAAGUGGAAAACGUUGUGUGUGAACCGGGGUGUGGGAUAAGCAUGACAAAAGUCUCAGGUCUGGGAAAGAACCUGUGUUCUGUUCGAGUUUGGGGUGGUUUAGCUCUCAUUGUUAAACGUUACCAACCGAAGCAGGGGCGGAUGGUAAUUCAAAUGUUGCUGUUUUUGUUUUGAAAACAGGUUUCCACUUUUUCCUAUAUUUUUUACAACUUAUGGUAGUUGGACGAAGGAAGAAAUUUAAAUUCGCUUGUGCGUUGGGUUGUUAUAUAGCAAAUAAAGUCGAAUAACUGUUUUUAUGCUAAAAGCUAUCUUUUUUGUUUCUUUUUCUCUCUCCAGCUAUGGCUCCAGUCAUAGCCAAAAUGCUUCGUAAAAACGAAGGAAAACAUUGCAACGCUGUAGUGAAACUAACUCGGCAGGGAAGCUUCAGAGAACAGCGCACACCGGACGAGGAGAAGGUCGACCUCAGAAGAAAAUUCUUGUCUGAUCUUGUAUUACUUCUUAACCACAGCAAAAUAAAUAGAAGGUAAAGUAGUGGACACACAACACUUUUAGUGCUCAUGGAGAACUGUCAAUAAGGGCACGUGUAAGGGUAGUGUUAGCGGGCGUUAUCUUUUAAAUAUCUUUCUAAAUGAUGUAGAGAUCACACAGGAUGAUUGCAAUUUUUUACAUAAGUAUGGCAAUGAUUCAACUAUAGUUGCCUGAGUUCUGUGAGAUAAAGACUGGUCCUUAGAUUUUGUGGCCAGGUUUAUGGACUGGUCUUGGAUCAAUUGUAUGACCUUCCACCUAAUUAAGUGUAAAGAACUCACCUUUCUUGAGAAGGGUUAGAACGCAGAUGCUGUCUAUCCGUCUACUGCAGAUAUACCACAAUAAAUUGCAAAUCAUCAGAGUACAACAGUGUAAAAAAAUUGCUAAUCCUCGGAGUGUACUUUCAGGAAGACUCACGGUUUGUUGACCAUGUUAAAGGGAAGCUUACUAAGGCUAAGAAAGGACUUUAUGUUUUAAGAUCUUUACGCAAAGGAGGGUACAGUCAGUUAGAAAUAUACCACCUAUUUUAAAGCUAUGGUGUUGCCAAACUUAGUUUAUGGUCUGUCGGUAUAUGGAGCCUCCGAGGCUGAACUUUCAACUGUGCAAUGCUUUCUAAAUUGAUGUUUCAAGCGUAAUUUUAUUUCUCACAAUAUAAACAGCCGCGAGCUGUGAGAAAAACAGGGCAGUAACUUUACAGCAAGUUGUCUAAGUAGGAAGGCCAUCCUCUCUAUCUUAUGCUUCCCAAAGCAAAGGAGACUGAGUAUCAGCUGUGUCGUAGUUCUGUUCUUAGGCCGCAAAUUAACACAAAGAGGUUUAUGACCACUUUCAUAAUCGUUUAAUAUUUGAUUAUAAGUUAGCUAUUUAGAUUUUUUAGAUUUUUUUUUAACAUUUUUACGUUUUUUUAUGUCAACUUACCAUUGUUACAAUGUUGUCUUUUUAUUAUAGUAUUCUUUAAAAAUCUACAAUUUCUUGGCUAUUUAUAUGUUUUAAUUCUUUUAUUAUGUCAUUAUAUGUACAUUAUAUCUUUGUAAGAUCUGGCUCUUUUAUGAAUCUUUUUUGUAACAUAGAAUAUGUGUUUUUAUUCUAUGAAAUAAAGCCCUUUUAUUUUUAUCAUUAUCAUUAUUAUUAUUAUUAUUAUUAUUAUUAUUAUUACUUGAACUUUGUUCUCCUUCUCCUUCUUCGUGGCCAUUGGGGGUGCGGGUUUGGGAAGAGGGGCGGGUCGUAGAGGGCUGUUAAAAGCAAAGACGUAGGGUGAAGUAGAAGUGUAACUGGAAGCAUCACUGACGCCACUUUUUCUUCUUCGCACAGUCUUAUUCUCCAAUUGUCGUGUUGGCAAGAAUGGCUUUUCACUUUGGCUCACUUGGAACCUUCGAACCCAGGUAAAGAUAUUAAGUUGAGAAGACUUACUUAACCGCGCGCGAGGUUUAAGAAAUUGCUCAGAGGACCUUCAGACAAGUGGGUUAUUUCAAGAAGAUAGAUAGUUUUUUUAUGCUAUGUGCUCUGGUGAAAUUGUUCCUCGUUAAAAAGUGUUUGGAUAAAAUAGCGUUGAGGAAACUGAAAAUGGAUUAGAACGCGGUUUUGUUGAACACUAGCUAAACUCCAUUUUAAUUAAGAGGCCCAUUGUUUUUAUCGCACUUUUGUUUAGACUUGCCAUCUGAAAGUGUCGUGUUAAACCUUUUCCAGCCUUGUAACCAUCGGUUAUGAUCCACCUAAUUCGUUUUCCAUCUUGGGUCGCCUUUCCAGACGUUGCUACGUGAGCUUCGUCCAGUGUAGGCCAUAACUGUCCUUUCUUGUGAUGUUGUGUCUUUUUUAAAAGGAUUUAAUUCCCGCAUUUUGAAAGGAAAAGCCACUUAUUGACCUUUCUUGUGGCUGUAUUUCAGAGGAGACCCGAACCACCGACACUGUGUUCUGUUUGUUUCGGAUGCUGCUUCAUCACGCCUUUCAAGAAGAGCGUGAAGGCUGGAGAAUCUGGGUGGACACACUAGCUAUUCUGCAUGGCAAGGUACUGUACUGAUAUUGGAUCAAUUUAGGUUUCUGGGAAACUGCCCACCUACCCCUCCCUUAAGCUAACAUUAACACUUAAUUCUCACUUUGGACAAAAUGAUGUCUCAAGGGAGUGGUAAGUGGACAGUUUCCCAGAAACCUUAAUUGAUCCAAGUAGUCUUCAUCAAAAAGGCCUUCAGUGCCACCAGGCACGAACAGGAUACCUUUUUAUAGGAAAUUAACGUUACAGAAAUUAACGCGACUAAAAUUAACGUUCAUGAAGCGUUAAUUUCCUAUAAUAAGGCAGGUGAGCUGAGGUGGUCUUUAUCAAAACUUGGAAAAAAAACAAUCGUGGAUUGUUCUAUUGCCGGUUUUGGUUAUUUGUUUACAGGUGACAUCAUUUGAAAGAGGAAAAGGAAAGACCAGUCCCAAACGCGCAGCGCCAACGUCCCCUGCUAAUGUAAACAGCCAAGGUAAGCGCGUGGAUGAAGCUGUUAAGUCUGCUACAGACGUGAAAUCUCCCGCGUCUAACUCCACAGACAGUGACAAUGACAGGAGAAAAUUUUUUCAAUCGUUACUGCAAAGCAAAAAUGGACCUAAAGUUGACGCUCUUCCUAAGACCAUCCCUGAGGAGAUCGAAAGUGGUCCUAACUCCCUUGCAAAAGCGCAAGGAGAGACUACUGCUAAGACCCUUCCUGAACAGAACGAAAGUGACCCUGGGUCCCCUGAACAGGGCCAAACAGAAACUGCUGAAAGGACUCUUCCUGAGGAGAGUGAAAAUGGCCCUAACUCCACUGAACAGGAGCAAGAAAAGUCUACUGGAGAGGAUACAAAGGACGAAGCACACACGAUGGAUGCACAGGACGUAAAUAAUAGUGAAUGCAAUGAAGAGGAUAGGUCCCCUAGCGCGGAGGACUCUCUCAGUUCUACAGGGUUAGGCUCUGAUGUAAGAGGAGGUGAGGAAGCUGAGGAGCCAACGGGCCACGAAGAACCUAAUGAAGGAGUUAGGGAUACUACGGAUGUUAGAGAAUCUGAAGAGAAAAAUUCAAAUUACAUCGUUCGUUCUAAAUACUUUGCUAAUCAAAGUAUUCACAACGAAAAAACCGCUGCAGAUGCAGCUGAAGAUGUAUCGAGUUUCACUUCAGUUGAAGAUAAGUUAAGUGAUGACAGACAAUCUGAUGCAAAAUCUGACGGAGCUGAGAAACCGAUCGUUGGAGAUACCGAGACUUUACCCAAGGCUGAUGAAAGCGCCAACGAACCACAAGUAAGCGUAAGAAAACAUGAAGACAAUGAUGAUAAGGAAAGUCUUCAAGACUCUGGGAAUCAGACAGAAGUUAGUACUUCGCCUCCUGAAACAGCGACUCAGAAAAACACAAAUUCAAGCGAAGGUCAAAAUUUAUUUUACGAGAAAGAUAGAGCAAAAGAUGUUGAUAAUAGUCUUACUAUUGCAGUAAAGAGUUCUUAUAUUGGGGCUGCAAGCGAAGUGCGCGAGGAUGCGCAAUCAGAAAAGGAUGUUAAAGAGGAUAGUGACUCUCAAAAGAAACUUGUUACGUCAGAUGUCGCUCCAAGCGAGGAGCAAAUCGUCUCUCAAUCAACGGAAAAUAGUAUUCAGAAACCGACUGUCGAGUCGUUAAAUAACGAUAAUACAAGCCAAGCGAGUUCACCUAACACACGUUCGGAGACUGGGACUGAGUCCAGUCCAACCUCUACUCCUUCUGCCACGUCCGCAGCCACAAGUAACGCAGGCUCACCUGAGCAGAAACCAACUUAUAGAGCACAUGUAAAUAUUCCUGAAUACUUAUGGUCGCCUAUUCACCAGAGACUGUUAGGGGAUUUGUUGUUUGCUAUCGAGGCUGAUGUCCAAGUUUGGAGAAGGUAAGUUUUUGUAGCGAAAGCGGUACCUAACUAUCCGAAUUUUAGAAAAGGAAUCUUAAGUUACAUUUGAUGAGGAAUCUUAACAUGAGUAGGAAUGAAAUUACAACUAAAUGCUCGGGGAUUAUCUUAAUUUAUGUAGAAUAAAUUAUGGUAUAGGGAAAACUAAGUAGCAGUAACUACGUCAUGAGACCAAAAGUUCGUGUGUCAGUCGCGUUUUGUCAGCAUUUUGCAUUUCUUGUUUUUUGUCUUUAAAAAUAUUCCAGGUUUUCAAGAUUCCUUUUGAUGUUGAAGCCCCUUUUGAAUAACUGACUGCCGCUGUAGAAGAAUGAGAGAAAAGGAGCCAUUCGCCAUUUGCACACCUCCCAUGAUACACCUUAUUUGCCCCCGCCCCCCCCCCAAAAAAAAAAAACAUUUUGCAUUUUGUAAUUAGUGUCUUCAGUUUCUCUUGGAAUGGCUGAAAAACCCAUGGGAAAUAAAAUACAAAGGUUAUGCAUUUUUUUUAGGGGGGGGGGGGGGGGGGGGGGGGGGCAAACAAGGUGCAUUUUUGGAGAUGUGCAAGUGGCGAAUUGUUUUUAUUGCAAAAACACAAAUACAGGUUUAAAAUGAAACGGUUUUUAAGUUCUUGAUGAGUACAUGGCAAUAAUGAAAGUAGACAAUCGUUUUGUCACUCAUCUAUGGUAAACGAGGAAGCUACUUGGCUACUAGUAUUUGUGUUCUCCAUAUUUUUCCUAUUCUUCUUGUGUAUGUACUCUGCUCGUUUUGUAUGUCCAAGAAAUAACUUUGUGACCUUGUUUUCAGCCACAAUCGUAAAACUGUAAUGGAUUUUGUCAACGCCAAAGAAAAUGGGACAUAUCUGUGGAACCUGGCUCAUUUUGUUUCGGUGCUGGCAGAUAACGUUAUUUUUUGCUGCGGGGAUCUUCUCCCUCUGCUCUCCUCCGUCACAUCACGUGAUUAUGGCCAAGACGUCAUCGAGCCGUGCGGUGGCAUGUCACUGGAAACGAGUUUCUCUUUCCUCAAUCGGGUUAUGUCUCUUGUGGAUGUGAUAGUGUUCACCAGUUCCCUCGCUUUUAGCGGAGUGGAGACUAACCGGAACUUGAGCACGGGUGGAUUUUUGAGACAAUGUUUGAGAUUAGGUGAGUGAAUGUAAAUCGUGAAUAGGCCAUGGAUCAAUUUAGGUUUCUCGGAAACUGCCCCCUACCCCUCCCCUAAGCCAACAUUUUGCCCUAAGUGAGCGGUAAGUGUUAAUGUUGUCUUAAGGAUGGGGUAGGUGGGCAUUGAUCUUAGGCCAUUUCCGGCCGUUUCCUAGUUACAUAAACUCUCACUAUCAAACCGAGGCUAAGUUCAAAACCUUUCUUGGGAAAAUGAAUUUUAUUUGCAUGAGAAUAGAAAAUAUUUUUCAUAUCAAAACUUCGCACUUAGCUUCGCUUUGACACAGAGCUUUGGGGUAACUCGGAAAUAGCCUAUUAGGCUGACUGAAACUUUUAGGCAGUAUAGACAGUGCCCACGCUGUGUACUAGGCAGGCCGUUAGACACACAGAGACAUAGGUGGAGGCAGCCAUUCAUUCAUUGCAAAGUCACUGUAAAUUUUAAACAUUAUAUCCUCCUGUCUUGCUACUAUCUUUAGAUAAGUUACCUCUAAUUUUGCUUGUCGGGAGGCCGAUUAUUUUGUUAUUCCAGAGUCUACCCUCUUAAACCUUGAUAAAUUACAGCUAUAUUGUGUUACUCUUAUAUUUGUUUGUCUGUGCAGUGUUCUGUUGUGCGGCUCGUAACCGCUUAGUCUGUCGACAACGUAACAGACCCAUUCUACCACUAAUCACAAGCGGGAAACUUGGAAAGAAGGCGCUCAGGGAAGCGAGAGAGGCCAUCAAGACCCUGAUAGCUUCAACAAAACCGCCCAGUGAACAGGUAUGUAACAGAGGCUGGUGUUUUUCUUUUUCUUCUUUUUGUCAUGGAGAUAAGUUUGGCCAUGUAAGGUUGCCUGCGAUGUCGUUUGCGGCUUUGGUGUCACUACUUCCUCCUCCUCAGGUUUGACUCAGUUCCAAAGGCUUAGUGGGGAGCACGGACUUUUAAAGCGGGGUACUGGAGACGAAUGAGAAGCGCGAGUGAGGGAUGAUGGGAACAAGCGCCGAGGAAGGGAAUAGUCUGUUCACAGUCCCUUAUUUUCCGUGAGAUCGUCGAAAUAUGGUGCAUCUUACCGUUAAUGGCGGCCAUCUUGAUUUUCAAAUAUACCGAGGGGGCGGGCGUCGGGGAUUAUAGCUCUAGGGGGAGGGGGACCGUCUCCCACCGCCCCCCGUUUAGUACAUUUGAUACUCAUCUAAGAUCUAAAGUCUUCAAUCUCGACGGUUUUACGGAAAAUAGGGGACUGUGAACAGUUUAAGAAAGGAAAGACACGAGAGAAAAGAAGUUUUUAGGAAAAUGUCUGCUUGAUUAUUUCAGGACAUGGUCCAGAACAUUCCUGGUCACAUGACUACUGUGACAGACCCAGAGAAACUGCUUCAAGAGAUGGAUGUGAAUCGGUUACGCGCUGUGGUGUAUCGGGACUUCGAGGAUAGCAAACAGUCGCAGUUUCUGGCCUUAACAGUCGUGUAUUUCAUUGCUGUAAUGAUGGUGGCUAAGUACAGAGAUCUCCUUAAAUCUGAAGACUCUGAUGCCAGAGCAAGAUUUCACACAAGUCCAGGUGCGUUUGUGAUAUACGACGUGUUUCGCCACGAAAAGUGGUGCUUCACCUUGUACAUAGACACCGAGAAGUGAGUUGUUUAACGAGGUAGAAUCGAUACUUUAGAAGUGACUUCAAGGUUGUAGGAUGACAGAUAAACACUCUUUCGAGUGGAAGGGGAGCAGGAGUGGCGUAGCGUAGCCUGCGAGCAUGUUCACGAGUUUGAAAAUUUUGCCGGCGAACCCUUGCACCCGGCGCAGAAAAUGCUUUCCUCGCCCCAUUCAUCUCGCCGAGAGAGCAGUGUGGCCAUGGGGUUCGAGUCCCGCCUGGACUCCAUAUCUGGGUUGGAUUUGUUGCUUUUUCUCUUAAGUGUUCCGAGAUGAUUUUUUAUUUCCUACUCCUGUUUUUCCUCUCCUCUAAUGUAACCAAUUCGAUCCAAAGAUUUGGGUGUUGCGGUUCUGUCUUACCACUUACUCUAAAACACUUUUAAUCACUCACUAUCACAAAGCUGUAUUUCAAACCGCAACUAUACUUUAAUGUGUAAGGUAAAAAUAUUGUCUGUCAGGACUUUAAAUGUUUGGUAGACAUCUGUAAAUCGCCAGGCUCUAUUUAUCCGGAAAAUAACUUUGUCGACUUCUCUUGCCUCUUGCAUACCGUAAGUGUAAAAAUGUAAACAAACGUGUUCCCCCUUUUUCCGCAGAAUCCAACAUCGCUGUGUUAAAGAAGCUAUAUUUUUAGACCGUUCACAGUCCCCUAUUUUUUCGUAAGAUGGUCGGGAUCGAGCGCUUACGGGCGACCAUCUUGGUUUCGUAGGUACUGAGGGGGAGGGCAACGGGGUUUAUAGCGGUGUGUGGAUACAGGCGCUUCCUCCCAAACCUUGCCCUGUCCCCUAAGGCGAUUUGACACUCUUCCCAGGCUAAACUCGGACCAUUUGAAACCAAAAUGGUCACCGUAACGCAAAGCGCUCGAUCUCGACGAUCUUAUGGAAAAAUGGAGGACUGUGAACAGUACUACUAUAUGUUGAUUUAAGCACUGUGUUUCUUUAGCAGGUUAUCCAACCGCCUUGACAAUAUAAAUCUUGCCUUGUAACUCUUGGUAGUUUGUUUUGUGUUUUAAUGCUUUCAAGGUAGCUUUUGAGUGACAUUAGGGACCUUAAGAUACGACGACGGCGACGGCGACGGCGACGGCGACGAGAACGUCAAAAAGGCAAUAGGUUUAAUUAGCAAAAAAACAAUUUUGCACGUGCAUCGCUCUUUUUUGUACAUUACUUUGCCGUCACUGUACGACUACUACGUGAAAAUGCCAAAUUUUACGUUGUAUAGAGGACGUACACAAGCGACGACGAAAUUUCCUCACUCUAUCUGAACUUGGAUAUGGUUCUUAGAAAUUCAACUUUAGGAGGGUUCACCUACGUUUGACAAAGUUAGUGACUUGGAGUAAUCACGAUGAAGAUUAAAAGAACACGAAUUGACUUUUUCGGGGAUGUUUUCGCUGCCGUCGACGUCCUUGGAUCUUAAGGUCCCUAUUAGGGAGCUUAAGCAACGACGACGGCGACGGCGACGAGAACGGCAAAAAUCAAUAGGUUUAGAAUAGAAAAAUAACAACUUUGCACGUGCAGCACGCUUAUUGGACAUUUCGUUGCCGUUGUUGCCGACUACGACUUGAGUUUUCCCGAGUUUCAUGGAAGACGUGAACACAACACAACAAUGUUUCUUCUUUUUUUCUGUCCUUUAAAAUCAACACCGGCAAAAUUCUCCUACAGUAAACAAAUUGUAUGAAAUUAAAUAAGAGUAUUAAAGAUUGAAACAGUGCUAAUUAAGUGACGUUUUCGCUCCCGUUGCCGGUCGUUUUUGCUUAAGUUCUAUAAUAACCACACAAUGGCAUUUCAUUUCAGGUCCUCCUGCGUCAGAAAGUGAAGUUCAAGAUGUCGAUAGCCGAUCACGAGCCGCCAGCUGGGGUGGACAGCGGAGCGCUUCUGCAGAUGUGGAGGAGGAUGUAUUCUCUUGGGACGAGGAACCGAGCAUGCCCAGUUUGCUGAAGGGCUCAGUAGACUUUAGCCGGUUGAGUUUGUCGGAGAAGUUGGAGAUUGGAUUCAAGUCUUCUGGGUCCCUCCUCAAGGAAGUGUUGUUGGACUUCAGCCCCUUUCUUAGCAGGAUCCUUAUUGGCAGUCACGGACAGGAGCUGGUUUUAGAGGGACUUUCUUGCCAGAAGACGGACUCUAUUGUCGAGCUAGUUAUGUUGUUGUGUUCUCAGGAGUGGCAGAAUUCUCUGCAGAGGUAAACACGUCUUUUUUUGCCUCGAUUUUGUCAAUUUAUUUUCACUUAAAAGGAACUAUGCUCACGAGAAGACGUGUAGUAAUUAGCUAGUAGUAGCUUCUUUCUACUGUAUUACAGGCACAGUACCGGACACUCGCUGUGGGAAAAUUCCUCGUCCCGGAGUUAGAUUAGCCUGGGACCAGGCUCCUUGGCGGGGAAAAAAGGCAAUCUCUGAGCAAGAGACUGGGGAGAGGAUCCGCCGCUCGGUUCACCUCUCUCUUCGCGCUCGCCGCUUUACUCGCCUCAGUUUCUUUCUCCACCAAGGAGCCUGGUCCCUAGCAAGAGUUAGUUAUCAUAUUUAACAUUUUACGUUUUGUGAUCGUGUAUUUCGGUGUUCCAAGAGCAUCCUUCAGUGGUACACUUAGAGUACUCAUCUACUUACAACUGCAUCGUUAGGUGUCCAAUAGGUAACCUGAAAUCAGCCGGUCCUUCCUAAAUAAUAUAAUUAAAAAAAAAUAAAAUAAAAAAAAAAAAACUGAUCGUAGGUUAUCUGCUAGGCUGUAUGCAGGCCCCCAUCCUCGCCCAAAAGGCCUCCAGAGUGAACCAAGCGAAAUGAUUUGCGACAGGAGAUAUCUGUAGCCCUUUUCACUCGCAGCUCGCAUUGCUGGCAGAUAGAAAGCUUUCUUUGUGGUUAGAUGUCUGAACGAAAACUUACUGAAAAUUCUGUGUUUUGAAAUGUUAAACAGGAAUGGAGGAAUGGCUUUUAUGGAGCUGGUCAAUGAAGGACGACUUCUGUCACAUGCCAUGCGCGAACGUAUCGUCAUGACAACCAGCGAGGCGUUUGUCAUCGUGAAUAAACUGGAGGAAAUUUCCCGACAAAAGCAUAUGCAGUUCGUUGAGCUGUGUCGCUUAACCGAAGCCACGUACUGCGAAAACGACAAAUUACAGGAUCAGCUUCUCCUUGCUACGAAAAGAAGAGACUUUUCGGUCGCAAAGAAUGUCAUUCAAAAGGUGAGAGCCUCUUAGGAUUUACGGUAAUCUCGCCACCAACGAAAUCGCCACCAAAAAGUCUUCUGACUGCCACAUAAUAACUCUACAAUAGUUGUCACAGUUUACUUACCUAGGAUAUUGGCCAAGUUCUUUUUUGCUUUUUUUUGGCCGAGAAGAAGUCGUGGUCAAUAAAAACGCAAAAAAAGGACGAGGCCAAUAUACAGCCAUCUUGAUCGCGGGACCAUCGCGGGAAAUCCCGCCCAUCUUGCCCGCUCGCGGAUUCAGCCAUAUAAUAGCGGAGCUCCACGCGUGGGCGGAGCCCCAUAGCUAAGUAAAUGGACUCAUUUCGGAACAUUUGGUAAUCACGUGACCGUACACCGGCCGACCUUCCGUCCGCACCACAGGCAUACCAAUGUAAAAUAACUCAAUCAACAGGGAUGGCGUCCCAAAUGCAACUCGAGGUUAUUUUGGCGGGAAAUCGCAUAGUCAUCCGAGUCAUGUAAAGCAGAGACAACUAAAGAGUCAAUAAAGACGAAAACGGAAAGCGGAAAUUGUUCCUGUAUCCGUGUUUUCUGAAGUAUUAAUAUUAAGCUUAAACUAAUUGUCAUGUCCACAAAUUUGGAAUAUAGAGCAAGAGAAAGACAGAUAAAAAGAGAAAGUAGGCGGCAGGCCGGCGAAGCUAAACGAGAAAAAGGGCGACAGAGGUCUAGAGCGAGAAAUAAACAAUAAAGGAGACAUUUUUUUGUUGGAAGACCAGUAUGACAAGUUUGUAGCGGCGGUGAGAAAAUAAAAAAUGCUAGCGGCUACCUAAUCAAGGUGAAAAUGAGCGGCAGUGAAAAAAAUGUGAACAAGAACAAGUACGACAUUUCCUCCAUAAAACGUGUAACGAAGAAGUUUCUGGAAGUUUCACGUUGUGAUCGUGCAAAACAACGGCAAAGAAAUGUACAUAAAAAGUGUGCUGCACGUGCAAAGUUGCUUUUUUGCUAAUUACACAUAUUAUUGUUUUUCACCGUUCUCCGGAGUUGCCUUCGCUGCUUAGCCUUACACGAGUUUAUAUUUUUUUGAUUCGUUAACGUAAAAAAUAGUAUCCUUUUUGCAAUGACGGGUCGCUUGAAUUACAGUCGCCAUCACUGUUUUUUUAGGCUUGGUUAUACCCUCUUCACAAAACCAUUAGCUCAUUUACCUUUUUCUCUUUUAUCCUUUAACAAGCCUAUUGUUAGCUUGUGUUUUUUUUCCAACCCUGUUUUUCAAAGCUUAAACUGAGUACAUGUCAGCGGUUAUUUUUUACUUGAACAGGUACUUGAUAUCAUAACCAGUGAACAUGGCGCAUGGGCGGAGGAGCGGCAGCCAUCAAGUGUGGAGUUUUACAAACUGGACAUGUGGCAGGAUGGCAGUCGACGGCGCAUGCGUUUUGUCAAGAAUGAGUACGGCUCUAGUCACCCAGAAGCAACACUGUUGGAAGGAGUGGAGGGUAAGCAGACUGGUGUAAUCCAAGGAGUAAAAAAAUCCAAACGUAUGAUAAUGAUUCCUCUAAAAGCAGCUACACCGUUAAACGUUCUCCACUCUCUUAAGUUUUACCAACGUGUACCAACGUCAUAAUUAACAGCACUGAAGGAAAGCACUGUUCAGUAGCAUUCAUUCAAAUCCUCAGUCUUUAAGAUUUUACCCACAGAACAAUUGGCCUAGAACCUCCACUACGGCUAGCACAAAAGAAAAGUACUACUUGGUCAGUUGCUUGCAUUUAAAUGUGGUACCGCAUAAUUGAUCGCAGCACGGGAAAGUACUGCUUAAUCGUCUUCAUGCACAAAAUGCUUCUGUAGAUUUAUGAAAAAGUUAUCAAACAAAUUUCAUCCUAGAGCACUGGCCGUAAUAAUUGUGUGGUGAUUUUCGCGGGCAUAACAUUAAAACUUUAAAAAUUUACUUCCGUCUUUGCUAUCCGUAGCAGCAGACAAACAGGAAGCAAUUUCAAUGCCUAAAUGUGGCGUUAAGAGGCCGUUUGCAAGAUGACAUCAUUUUACUACUACGACCAGAAUCCUUCAGGGUUUUGCUUUCUUGUGCUAAUUAGGGCCUUUGUUAUUCAAACCUCACUGGGAUUGCAAAAUUUAAAUAUGAAAGGAAAAAUGAAAAGGAUUCUGGACGUAGUAGUAAAAUGACGCCAUCGUGCAAAUGGCCUAUUGACAAAUCUGGACCAUUAUUUUUGGAAUUCAAUCGAUGUGAAGACACGAUUCAGCUCUUUAAACAGAUAGCAAAUAGCGUGACAUGGCCCCUUUACCUGCCUUGGAGUAGACUAACGUUUGCUUUUAACCUCCUUUAUGAGGACUGAAUCACUCUUCGGCGAUGACUUUUCGCUUGAUUCUGGAAGAAAAAAAUAAGGAUAAGUAAGUCAUUAUUUUUCAACUUUUCUUCUAGGAGUAAACCAUGAUGUCUCAGCAAGCCCGCAACAUUUAAACUUCGCUAAAAUUUCAUCCGCCAAAGCUGCAGACUCGUAUUCUCUAGACGAAGAAGAAAUCGCCGAAAUGAUCAUCGAGGAUCGGAACCUGGGCCGAGAUGUUUCGGGUCACGUGGUGUUCACGACCUCCUGUCAUUUAAUUGCUCCGUGUGUGGUCGCCCCAGGCUCUUUGACCGUGACCUCUGAGGCUUUGUUCUUUGCUGUGGAUGAGGAAAAUCCGGAAUAUCAGAAACUGGACCCAAAGGUGUGUGUAGUUUUGUUUGAGCCUUUGACGGCCUUUAUUGUUAAAAUAUUCAGUGUGUGCAGCUUAUUAUUUAGCAGUUACUACGUAUGAAUUAGCGGUAACCGUCCGAAGGUAACAAUACUCAAUCUAUAGGAUUUUGACCCUGUCAAAAGGAAAUGCUUUUUCGUAAACCUCCUUUUCGUGUUAACAAAAAAGGGGUCGAAUGCUCUGUCUCUACUAACGUUUUUUCGCAUCCAUUUCGACCGUCCACGAAACGAAGCGAUAGAACCCGAGUAUCUAGCGAUACGUUCUCCCAGGCCUUUCUCGAAUUGUUUUUUCCUUGGGUGCGGGACGCAUUAAGUAGUUUGACCUUAAAUAGUAAGCCUAAGGUGGUAUUAAGGUAUUUACAGUAAGAAGCUAGUUGUUUUUUGUAUUAAGACAGUCAGUCUCUCGCUUUGCUGCCAAGGUUUCGCUAUCUGUGAACCUUACGAGCUUUUAGCAUUUUAAGAAACCGUCUUUUAGUGAUCAUUAUUAAUCGCUUAUUAUUGGUUAUCUUUGUUUUCUUGUAUCUUUAUUUUGUUCUUGGCCUAUAGAUCGCUUUCACUCACGUGUUCAGUGGCUAUGCCAAUUUCUCGAGAUAGGCCAUUUCCGAGUACCAAAAACUAAGGCUAAGUGCAAAAGCUUUCUUGUGAAAAUGAGUUUUGUGUGCAUGAGAAUAAAAAAUCAUUUUCAUAUCAAUAGCUUCGCUGUUAGCCUCGCUUUGAAACUGAGGCUUGAGGCAACUCGGAAUUGACCUAUCCUGACGGGAUUUUUUUGGUACACCAGCAUGGCCAUUGUGACGUCAUGUGAAAACGAUCUAUUGGUAAUUUGGUUGUGAGGGCCUGGCCAACUCCAAUUACAAAUCAACAUUUUAAAAGUGGUACAAUAGUUUCAUUCCUCCCUUAGCCACGAAGCCAAAUGCGAAUUUUAAUCAUUCGAAACUUGCCUAUUGCUUUCCGGCUUCGCAUGUAGGCAAACUGUGUAAACAGGACGAUUUUGGUAGCUCAUGAAAGAGUAUCGGGGUGGCAACUUUGUAUAAUUACUCUAAAAAUUCCCGGCGCUGCCAAUCCGUCCAGUCGUUCAGUCCAUACUCGAUAUAAGUCGGUAACCGUUCGGAUUGAUCGUUUUUAUAUGGGAUCGAUGGCCAAUCGACAACGAAAAACCUUCGUGACUUGAAGUGAUGGUUACUGGUAUUAACUGAUUCUCUUUCAGCUGCUGAAUUUUUGUUACACUUAGUGAUUAUAACAUUCAGCAACUGUCAGUUUGUUGUUUUGUUAUGGUUAUUAUUUUGUAGAAAUUCCGCACACCCCAUAUAUUCACUCCAGUAUUUUUGAGAAGUUUGCGAGAGUCGAACGAAUUUUCUAACUCCAAAUUUAAACGCUUGGAGCUGUGAAUUUUUGUUAGUUUCCCUGACUUCGAUCUAAAAACCAACCGAGUGCAAGGUUUACUUUAGGGUGUAGGCUUUUAAUAAACACAUUCCUUAGGCUCAAAUGAACGUACUAUUGUUGGUUUUCACAUGACGUCACUAAAUUCAAACUACAAAACUAUCGAUCCUACCGAGAUUUUACUUUCACGAUGAAUUAGAGGAACUGAAAACUAAUUUUCAUACAAAUGUUCGUUUCAAAAGGGUUCUUGGUUUUGUGAUAGAGUGCACUUGAAUUUCUAAGCUUUUGCGUGACUCGGCAUUUAGAUCACGGCCAAGAGAUCUGCCAUGUAGGUUAAAAAAAUGACUUAUUUUAGGGAAUUUUGCUAUCUAAACAGUUUAUGUAUUUCAAAAAAGUAUUACUUUACUGUUUAUGAGUUCCUCGAUGAAUAAAUUCACGCUUUUGUAGCAAAACUCGGUAACAGAUGUUUCUGUUGGUUUCCGUCCGCCAUGUUGGAGCCCAUCCAGAUGGGCACCAGCAUGGCGUCUCCAUACAAAUCUCUAUAAAUUUGGGUAAAACAUUUCUUCAGAUAUCUCGUAUACGAAAUAUUCCUCUGAUCUGAAUCUUGGCGAGGGUCUUUGUAUAUUUACCUCCUUUCAUUUCCCAGAUUCUGGACUUAAUCUAUGGAACGGUUUUGAUUUUUAUGUUGAUCUAUUUUGAAUGGCGUGACACUGAAAACCAGCAAUAAACCGAAAAAGGACAUUAUUUUCCACGGCAGUCGGUAGCAAAAUGAUCUGCUAAUAUUUAAUGAUGUUAUUGUAACAGCCUGCCAUUUUCACUAAGAAAUUCAUACGAAGAAAUCAUCCUUUUUCCGUUGAUGUAAAGCAUGAAAUUUUUUUUGUUAAAAAAUGAAAGCCGUUUUGCCUGUCCAGUAUUUCGGUUUAAUAAGCCAGGCCGGCUCGAGCGGUCCUCGGGGGCUUUCUAUUUAUAUCGUUGCGGCUUCAAUGUUUUCCAUAUUCCAGCUUGAUCGGUGUCGAAAAAUCGCUGAAAUCAAAAUUGCCGUCUUGGUGAACAUUUUAUGUGUAGCCAGCACACAGUGAAAUAAUUUCGCACUGUUAAAAAAAAAACGUGCCAGCAGUCCUCAACAUGCGGUCUUAUGGUGAGAUGUCGUUAUUGAGUUUGUAGAAGACGAUCCUUUAGAGUGAUCAGUAACUCUCACUUCUGUGUUUUGAAAAGUUUUUCUUUUUGCAUUUCACAAAAAGGGAUUUUAAGUAUUUCUUCUUGGUUUUAUUAUUUUUUCUAAUUGGAGCAUUGUUAGAACUGAAGAAUUUUACUGCUACUGUUUACUUAUUUUUUGUCCACGCUUUAUUUCACAGAUAUAAUAUACUAACAUCUUUUUUGUUAUCCCGCCAAAUUUAAUUACGCUGUUCGAUUAAUCCCCCCCCCAGUUUUGAAUUGCUUUAAAUUGUUUAGAUUUUUUUUGCCGUAUCUACUCAUAACGUUUUCGCCCCCACUCUUUGAAUAUGCCGCGUUAAUUUUAUUUUACAUUCUUAACAGGUUUGUGAUUAAAAAUAACGCAACUUUCAAUAUUUCGCUCUCACAUUAGUUAAUUGCUUUUUUUUAUCUCAGUGGUAAGACUUUCGAACAAAUUAAAAAGUAAGUGCUUUUCGAUAAGAAAGAUUUUUUGUCUUUGUUUAUUUCAUCUAGAAAAGAAAAUAACCGUUCUACAGGGACUAACGCUAACUUUAAUUUUUUAAAUCAGGCUUUGUUUGUAUUUUGUCAUUAUAUUAUUACGCAUAUUUUAUUUUUCCCCAAUAGCUUAAAGCUAUGCCUCGAAAAGGGCUGUUUAUUCAAACUUUCCGAUGAUGACCUUGACUCGUGGGUUCACCAAAUGGAAAUUAUUUCUACAAAAAAAGAGAAGAAUAAGAAAAAAGAAAAACGAACCUUUAAAACGAAUUUUCCUUUAAAAUAGCAGUUUGCUAGACCCGGUACAUACAUGUGUGACGUGAUUAAAGCCAGUUAAAGAAGGACGAUUUAGUUUAAAUGUCGUUUGAUGACUUUUUUAGUUCUGCCAGUAUCAAGACCCUUAAUCUCGCUAAAAUUAUCUACCCUUGCGUGACUGACACUCUUUGUUACAAAUGGAGUAUAUGUUCGUCUAACCCGUUCACUUCCAAAAAGGGCUAAAGUCGUCAUUCAAAAGUUUUUAAUUUUAAUUUGUUAAAUGCUUAAAAACAAAUAGCAUCAUAUGAAAGUACUGCCAAAGAGGUUUCAAUUGAAUGGUCACACAUAGAAUUUCGUCCUCAGGCUUAAGAGUUAGAACCACGUAGUAAAUAAAUAGUACCAUAUGUGGGAAGCAGGAUUUCAUCCACAGACUGAAAAGUUAGACCUAAAUGCUAAAUAAAUAUUACCAUUUGAAAGUACUGCUGAAGAGGUUUCAUUUGAUUGGUAACACCAUAGGAUUUCAUCCACUGACUCAAAAGUUAGAACUACAAACUAAAUAAAUAGCUGAGUACUAUGUGAAAGUACUGCUGAAGAGGUUUCAUUUGAAUGGUAACACCAUAGGAUUUCAUCCACAGACUCAAACGUUAGAUCUACAUACUGAAUAAAUAUUGCCAUGUGAAAGUACUGUCGAAGACUCCAUCGAGGACUCUGGCAGUGAAAGAAAGAGUUCCCUUUGAACUACGUGAUUCGGUCCUAUUUUUACACGACAAAUCAAGACCUGCACUUGAUUUAGAAAUGUGGAAGUCGUUCUAUUGGUCUAGUUUUCAGUAUUAUUCAGAAAGGCGAACAUUUAACUCUCUUGACGUUGGUAAAUUUAAUCAUUAGAAGACAUCAGAUUGAGAUGUAUUUCUUCAGUAAUGACCGUUUCACUUAAAACAACGUUCUCUACCGGAGAGAUUUUUAAUUAAAUAUUUUAUUCAUCGUUUUGUGUAAAGUUUUAAUAGUGCCUUGGUAUAGACAACAAAUUAUUAAUAAUAAUUCCUCUUAGAUUUUUUUUGCUCUUUUUUUUUUAUCAUCAAAACAGAGUUUCUGUUGCGUGAUUUGGUUCUGGUUCUGGGAAUACAUAUUAUUCCUUUUUUUCGUUUCAUUUUAAUACAACACCAGCCGUUUUUACUUGUGUUUUAAUAUUAUAUUAGCUGCUUGGCCGGUUUUUUCUUCUUUUAUUGUGAACUUAUCCUUACGCUAAGCUGGCACGCGGCAACUUGAAUCAACACGCCUUGAAACUGACAGCUUGUCAUCGCCGUGCUUUGAGUGGCUUUAGUUUUAUUUUGAGUCACGAGCAAAUAAUAUCCAUGAAUGUUUUAUCAUGAAAGCAAGCAAUUAUUCGCUCUGGUUAACCUGUUAUGUGUCGAAUUUAUUUCAUAUUUGCUUCUCUUUAUGCAAUAAGCGUUUGGCAUUUUCAUGGACCGGCGAAAACUUUUCGCUUCCUCUGCUAGCUAGUUGAAACAGGUGUUCCAUAAUGAAGUGUAUAUGGAGUGUCGUCAAACGUUGGUUUCCUUGAGGCGGGUGAUUUCAAGCCCGAUUACAACAAGUUAGCUUCAUCUAAUCCUUUGCUAGAAAAUGGAAGCGUUAUGAAAAAGCAGAAUUGGUUGUUUUUACGAAAUAUUCAAGAUGUCCCGGUGCCUUUUGUAAGCAGUUAGAGCUAAGAAUGAGACUGUUUUGAUUCAAUGAGUCCUCGACGAGAGGGAACGCGCCAUUUUAUCAUUCGAUAAGGACAAUUGAUUAUAAAAGUUGAUAAACUGUGCCCGGAGGCCGAUUUUUAUAUUAACAAACAACACUUGACCGUAUUUGUUGUGAAGGCCUAAGCGUUUUCUUCUGGUCUCUCUGUGUCAGUAAUUAUCGGCUUUUGAAAGCACACACUUUCAAUUUUUGUUGUCAAAAAAUUGUGGAUUUGAUUAUAAGGAUUUCGUUGUAAAGGAUUGCACUUGUCUGCUUAUUUUUAAUUUUUAUUAUGGUCAUUAUUAUAGUUUGUGCUACUUAACAGUCAUUUGUAACCCACAAUGCAAAGAAAUCGUGAAACUUUCCUAUCACAAGGCUUUUAAUAAAAAGUUAUACUUAAUGGGGUUUAAUAAUUUUACUUGUCGGUUUGUUUUUCUGGCCUUCGAUAUCGUUGUCAUUUCUCUCGGGUUCCUUUUAUCCCAACCGUUGUUUGUUCUUGAUUUAUUGCUUUUUAUACUCGCCGCAGAUAAAUUGUGUUUAACGCAAUAAACUCGAGGUUAUUAAAACCGUAGCAAACAAUGAAUCUCAAAGGAGAAGAUGCUAAAUGGUUCUGUCUCGUCUGUUCUGGACGAGAAAGUAAUUGUAAUGUACAGACUUGGAGCUUGGUUAUUUAAAUUCUCUAACAAGUCUUACUUUGUUCUUAAUUUCAAGUUGCGGUCAACCAAAUCCUCGGCUUGCCAUGCAAGAACAGUUGCCGAAAGUUUCAAUAUUUCAAGCAAUAAUAAAUAGUCAGUAGGCGGUCUAUGUUUAGAAAGUUUAAUAAGAUAUACAAACGGCUCGGCAUAUAGCAAAGAGAUGCAAAACGCUUUGCUUGAGCCGGUUUUGAUGUAAACACGCAGACAAAAAUUCGCUGGCCGAAUUUAUUCAAAAAUGUAUUCUGAGAAUGCGGGGAAUUUUCAAGUGCUUGCAUUUUGAAAGUGAAGAUCUAGGCGGUCGUGAUUGGGCUUUUGUGGGUUCGUUUUUUUUUCUCCCUCGCGGCUAAUAAUUUGCUCAAAAUUACUGACCUCAUGCAUGCUGUUGGUCUCGUUUCGGCCUCGGUUAUUGUUCGUGGGAUUAAUAACCGCUGACAGGUUCAAUUGGUUGAGCUGUGGCACGAUAAUACUAUAUACCGGAAAAAGACCCCUCAUCCGUUUCAAACAAAACGUUUCGCCGUGACUGCUACUCGUGUGCGAUCGAUUGCGCCGGCUGUCGUUUUCUACAUGGCUUUCAUUUUUACCGAGCGUCGCAGUGGCUUACAAAAAUUUGUCAACACCAGAGUACACAGACGGAAGAGCGAACUCUAUAAAACCGUGGCAGACAUUUGCACAGCCGCACAGGAGCUUUUAAAGCAUGUCGAGGCGCUCGAGCCCCGAUUUAUAUCCUCACUGAAGCUUAUCGACGGAAGGUAUGAAGGUGUUAAAGUCCUCUCUCCACGCAGUUUCGAGAUCCAUUUGUAUCUUAAUCAAAUGGGAGUAUUUAAUUUUAUCGAUGAAGGUUGCCCACCUGGUUGCGCUAUGUUAAAACUAAGCGAUGAACGAAAGCGUUCCAUGUCCCUUUGGACGGAAUUUAUCACUGCUUCUGGGUAUCUUUCCGCAAGAAAAGUUCGCUCAAGGUUUACUUCUUUAGUCGCAGAGGCCAUACGACGCGGAGGAGAACUUCAGAAUCAAAUUCGAGUAAACGUUGACAAUCAUUUCUCCACAAAGCUUACCGUCUUUGAGCGUUACACGGUAGAGCUGAUCCCAGCCUUCCGUUGCGGUUCUAUUUGGCCUCAAAACGGAUGCUGCUGGCCUAAUCGAGACACUAUAUGGCCUUCACAACCAGUUGUAGCAAGCAUAAAACUACGGGGGUUCUCUUUGCUUGCGCUCGAUCCGUUUCCUAGCAUUAAGGGCGCUAGCUCCGAAGGGGAUGCGUGGUUAUUAAACUUCAGUGAAGCGGAAGACAUGCUAUUCGCUACUGCAGGAAGAAGACUUUGUCUUAGCAUGUUAAAAACUUUGUAUGAUAAACAUCUGGACUUGCCUGGGAAACCCCUCGAAUAUGUGCAUCUAGUCAUGUUGCUGUUAUACGAAUGCGAGAAACACCCCAUGGAGGUAGAAUGGAGUGAUGAGGCACUUGUCGAUAGAAUCAACAGUACGCUUUUACAACUAGUGUCCUGUCUACAAUGUCGAAAAUGUCCCCAUUUCUUUCUAAAGGGAGUGGACCUGUUUGGAUGUAAAUCCAAACAGGCAUUAGACAGUGCAGCUAAACAAGUUUGGAAUAUUGCUCGAGACAUUGCAACCAACCCAGGAAGCUUUGACACUCUAUAGAGUAGUAAGGUGCCGUCUUUUAAUGGACAUCUUUGGUAAUCUUCAAGGAAAGGCACCAUCAUUAAUUGAAAUCUAGAUUGUGCUGAUAGAAGUCUUGUUGCUCAGACUUAAGAGUAUGCGAAUAAUAUUAAAAGAAAAGUUAUAAGUUUAAAACAUCAGCGACUUUUUUUGAAGUUAGCUGCAAGACCUGCUGAUAACCAAACGUGCUUUGUUCAUCGUAAGAACAAGGAUUAGACAACCCUUGUCAGCCUUGACAACGAUUUCAUUUUGUCACUACUUGUGGUAAACGCUUUGAGGCAAAAACAUUUCGUUUAGCCUGCCUUCUGGUAAUAUAUCUCGGCAAUUAAAAGGAUUUGUUGGGGUUGUUCACGUUAGGGUCAGGUUCGCAUAAACAGCACCCCAAAGGAGUUAACUAUCAAAGUCUGUAAUGAGAUUGUGGCCGUUGAGAUGUAUUUCACCUACAGAUUCAAAAAUUAUAACCGCAAUAUGUAAUUUCUUUUUUGAGACAAGCAGUACUCGGUUGGUUUUACUUGAAUGAUCUCGCUCUAAGUAGAAGGCCCAAAAGUCACAUCCUCCAGACGAUGUAACAAUAGUUUAAGGUUUGAAUUUUAAGAGCCUAGGAUUAAACUGUCUGUUUCGGCGAAAGUGACAUCAAAAUGUGCCUGUUUCCGUGUAAUAAAUAAUGGUUUGAGGAAAUUGAUUGCCCUCCAGUUUAAUUAAGUUGGAAAUUCAUAUUAAAAAUUGAACGUGUAUUGCAUAGCCCCAGGCGAAUUUUAGCAGAUAAAUAAAGAAUUUAGUCGAUACCGUAUUUUAACCGUUUGCUCAAGCAAGCAGACCUAUGACUGUGUAAGCCUAUUUCACAAAUUAUGUCUCUUUUUUUCUCUGUUUUAUAUUUGAAAUUUUCAGUUGCAAUCUCGAGUUGUUAUGAGAAAUAACUUCAGAUCUGUUCACCAGUGCUUGAAAAAUUGCUUUAUACACAUAACAGUCCAGCCUAUAUUAUGACUUGUGCUUGUUAAAAGCAGAGACAACACAUAAGUACAAAAAUUUGUAACUUGUUUUUGUGUGUUUGUGUUUUUUUUUUCUGAAAAGUUGAGUCGCGUGCUCUCUUGUGUCAAAAGUCUAAAGGAAAGAAAAAUGGCGCCACAAUUUUAAGCGAUUGUUGUUGUACAAGCGGGAUUAUUUACUGGUACACUAUUAACUACGUUUGCAAACAAUUUUGAAAAAAUCCUUAAAUGUUUUUUAUUCCCCGAUUUUUCCGUUUUUCGUGUGGUUAUGUUUCACUACGUGGAUGGAUUAUAAAGUGGCAUUGUCAGCAUUUCUCUUAGUUUUCGUUAAAUAUGCGGUAAAGUGUUUUCAGUAGCCAUGGAGUUUGUCCAGCUCAUGUCUCGCGUUGUCCUGUAUAUGAACCGAGCGUCUUUUCGUUUGCUGCAUCGCUUUAAAUUCCAAAACUGUUGAAAGGAUGUUUUAUGAACCAAACAUACAAAAAGGCAGCUUGUAGUACUAUAGUUCAGGGUUUUAUUUACAGACUCGAAAAGCGAAGACGUUAUACAGCGUCAUAAACAGCCUCAUAAUAAUUUACCAGGAUUCGAUCAAGAAAGUAAGAAUGGUAUUAAACGACUCGGGAAAAAGGCUUAAUCGAUUAUCAAGAGUAGCUGAUUUUUGCUAUAGAACGUUUAGAAUAACACAAGCUUUUAAGUUGCUCCUGCACGCAGUCUUGUCCAUAGAAUACGUGAACUUUGCUGUAACUUGUAAUCAGUUCGAGAAUUUAGCACUCAAACGACUGCUAUAGAACUCGGCUAUUUUAGGAUAGUACUUUAUCAAUAUAUAACGCAAUGCACUUACUUCGUUAGUAUGCAGUGAACAGUGUUUUUAAUAACUAAAAAAAAGUUUUUUUUCCUUGUAAGUUUAGGGUCAAGCUUAUAUUUCAACGGAACCACGUGCCGAUGUGAUGCAAGACCAGCUGCAUCUUUUUCUUUCAAAGCUGUCUUUUGAAGGAAGUUAAAAAAGACAACCGGUUGGGAUUUUUUUGUUUCGUUUGCCUCGUGGCUUUCCACUUCCAUUUGCAGUCUACCAAUAUCGAAUAAAAUUUUCUAGAUGCAAGAGCCGUUUUCACUUAAUGCUUACAAUUAAAGUUAGUAGACCACAAUUCCAAUUUUAAUAAACAGUACCUCAGGAAGGUAUUUUUCAUUUGUCAAUAAUGCUCACACGUUAGGAAGCUCCUGGAAUUAUAAAAUUUCGUAAGGGGUUUUGGAUGGGCUUAUAUCCGGUAGGCCUUACAAGUGCCUUUUGGAUUCCAAAACGUCUGGUAACAAGCUGAUAACGGCUAUACACAGAUCACCGUACAGUCUAAAACCCCAUUGUAAAGCGUUGUGACGGACCCAAAGGAUCGGGCGUACUGCUCAGUUAUACCACGUUGGUUUUCCUCACAUUUUGUGGCUUUCAGCGCCUAGUAACUUGACAGCUACAGUGUAGAACAGAAUUUCAGUCUUUGGAGACUUGCAAGACAUAAACGGGGGUGGGUGUGGGUGUCGGGGGAGCGUGGUCGGAAACUGUCACUGUUAAGCUUGUCUUUGAGGAGCAGUUUUACAUCAGCCAUUAAUAUGUCAAUCCGAAGAGCCGACACAAACGAGAAACUAGCCUAUCGAGUUCAAUUUUCUUUUUGUAAAAAAAAAAACUAUAAAUAAAUGGCACUGUGCAAAGGAAGUUUCAUUUGAAUGGCAAUAUCAUAGGAAUUCGCCCACAGAUUGAAACGAUAGAGUGAAAUCAUCCGCAGUCCUAUAGUGAAAGGAUUGAAGGUUUCCCCCUCUCCUCAAAGAACCAGGCGGAUCCAGGGGAUGCCCCCCUUAUUUUUAGACCAAACUGAGGCCCGAAAUAAAUUCUUUUGAGACCAGUCCCCCCCCCUCCCCCCCCUUAUCUGAAAGUCCGGAUCCGCCACUGGGAUUGUCGUCUCAUUUUAAUUCGCAAGGAAGAUUAAACCCUCUAAAAAUUGUGUUAAGGCCUAGAAGCGAUAGCUUGAUUUGUAGUGGUAGCCUUUCUCCAAUGUACGGCUGUAUAGCAAAUAAACAGUCCUGCCUGAUUAGUCCACUUAUAACAUGAAUUUUAUAUGAUUUUUACCCUAAGACUUGUUUCACUCUCAUUUCCCCGUCUUUUUAUAUGAAGAAAUGGAAGGAUAAAUUUGAAGCGAGAGAGUCAAAGUUGCAUGUUAACUCUUUAAGCCCCAAGAGCAAUCAGCAUCAAAUUCCUCCCUGUAAUAUCAAUGCCUUGUAAAACAUAGUGGUCAUGAGAAUUAAAGACAUGAUCACACAAGAUGUAUUUGCGUGAUAUAUAAAUAUAAAUUAAUAGGGGUGACAAAUGAGAAUUUUAAUUUUGAUCUUAGGGCUUAAAGGGUUGAGUGCCAUUAAUUUGAGAAAUACAGGUGAAGGUGACACUCUCCCAGUAAGUUCUCUUUUUCUUCUACUGGUAAACACAAAAGCACCAAGGGGAACUAAAAGUUUCGCCUCAGUUUUCUUUGAGACGAAUUUUUUUUUGUCAUAAAGUGUUGAAAUUUGUGUGCGAAGUUUAUAAUGUAGUUCUCUUGUUGCUAAAUAUUUAACGUGCAAAAUGAAUAGUGGAAAAGCACGUUCAAUAUCGUGAUAUUUCUUGCGAUAGUCAUGCAACAUUUUUUCUGGUCACACCCGCGCACAGGGGAACAAUAGCGUCGAUACUGGGCCAUAUUUGAACCACGUGGCUUGGAAUUAGUUCUUGAGAGCCUUCAAAUAUAUUUCCUAUCCGUUUUAAGAAUCACAAAUAAUUUCCUUGAUAUAUCUAUCACACUAGAGGAAAGUGUUUAGGUAGCAUUUAAUAGAUAGUGGUCUUUGUAAGAAUGGAUUCGCAACCACCCAAAAAGAUUCACAGAACUAUACAAUGAUAUACUGAUCUGUAAAAACUAAGUUUUUUCCGCGCGUUAUAGCCUACAAAGCGUCAUUUUAAUUUAAAAGUCGAGGUUGAGAUUAUGAAAAAUUUAAAUUAUGUAUGUCAAAUCACUGAGGAAACUCAAAUCAAAUCAUUGAGUUUGGACCCUUAUUCAAUAUAUACGGCUUUAGAGUUGCCGUUUAGGCAUAGUUAAGUUUCCUCCUUGGAACUACUGGACGGUGAAAUGGCACGGAGAGAUUAUUUACCUCGAAUGGAACCUCAGACUCUUAUCUCUUUCGCUUUUGGGCAAGACAAAAAACCCUCAUGUAACGGCGAAUGGCGGCACAUGAUAUCCGUGACGAUAAAAACAACAACAAAACGUUUAAUCAUACACGAGGCUGAAUCAACUCACAAGUAUCAUCACAAAUAUCCGUUAGAAAUCCAUAGCACGAGAAAGAAAAACUGAAACAAACGACUUGGGAAACUUGAAGAAAACCUUUGUGAAACUUCAGAUUAUUUCACGGUGGCCUCGUGCCCGCCAAUGCCGAGGCCCUGUGCACAUGCUCCUAAUAAACAAGGGGGUAAGCCCGCUCGUCAGGAUACCAGCAGUUACACCUCAUUAGUGGUAAUGUGUUGACUUUAUCAAUCAAUCAAUCAGUCCCAUAAUUCUUCGGAUUAAAUUUUUUAGGUGUGUAAGCGAGGCCAAGGCUGAGCUGGGUAGGGUAUAACUGUCAUCUGUCAUCUGUUGUUUUUUGUUUCUAAAUUUUUCACUUUGCAGGUUCUGGUGUAUAUGGAUUGCUUACACGGCAAAUGGCCUUUGGAUGCUAUAAAAGCCGUAUUUUCUCGGCGGUAUUUGCUGCAGAACUGUGCAAUUGAAGUGUUUACCUCCACAGGAUGUAAGUACUUGCCAUAACGGCCUUUAUAUGUUCAUAAGGAUUUAUACAAUUCGUUAUUGAUAUCACGUCCUAGCUUUUGCUUAAUUGAACUUAAGCUUUGUAUGGAUAUAGUUAGUAGAAGAGACUGGUUAUGAAAAAGUUCAAGCAUCAAAGAUAAAAACGGUGUUGCAGUUUAUGUUGGGAGUUCCCUGAGGAUGUUAAUAAAACGGGGAGCGGGGAACGGGAAAAUGAAAAAUGGGAGAAAAAGAGAGAAUUGGAAAUGAAGUUACUGAUAGGGCUAGGGCUGAAGUUAGGUUUUGUUUCCAUUUUUCAUUUUCCCGUUCCCCGUUCCUCGUUUUAGUAUUAUCCAGCUCCCUGACAGUGCACAAUUCUUUGUUUAUCUUUGUUUAUUGUCCACAAAUUGUGACGGAAUAAAAUACUGCGACGUUUUUAUUAGCCAAUAUUAUCAAAAUUAAAUUAUAGGAAUGCUAUUUAACGUUGUGCACCUUCAAGUCCACAAAAACUUAUGAUAAAGGCGUCUGACGGGCUUCUUUGCCACUCCACUAUACUAACUAUGGUAGGGAGGUUAAGAAAAAACUAGCAGGUUUGGUCAGUGGAGUCAGAGAAUGUCCAAAAAACUCUAAAAUUCUUAUUCUUCAUGUUCUCUCGUAACGUUUUUGGCAAAUGGCCAAUUGCUUUCUUUAUCUGUUAGUUCCAUGACAAAGUUUUUCUCCUUUUUUUUUUUUUUUGAUUUCACGUCAUCAAAAAAAAAAAAAAAAAUCAGAGCCGUAAAAAAAAAAAAAUAAAAAGUCCAUAAUCAGGGAAAUGAAAUGAGGUAAAUAUGCAAAGACCCUACGCGUAUUCAUCUCUCGAAGAAGUCACUUUUUUCUAAUACAAUGACUGUGCAGAUCGGAAAAAUGCUCCAAAAUAAGCCUCUCUUUUGAUCUACAUGGCAGCUCUCUCGGCCGCCGUGUAAAUUCUGAAUCACGCAAAAGCUUAGAAAUUAGAAAUAAAGAACCCUUUCGAAGUGGAAAGUUGCAUCAAUAAUAGGUUUUGCUGCUCUAAUACUUCAUGAAAGUAAAAACUCAGGAGGAUCAAUAAUUCUUUAGUUUGAAUUUUGAUGACGUCAAAUGCGAACCAGCAGUUAUGAGGGUUUAAUAUUCGGUCGAAUGUUUUCCUCUGUGUUACUGGGCGUAGUACUAAGAAGAACCAUUGGUGAGGUAAUUUGAUAUUGUAUGCCCUCAUGGUGUUACUUGCCGCUUUAUUCCGCAGCUUCUGUGAUGUUUAAGUUUAGCGAUCAUCAGACCGUGAGGAAAAUGGUGCGAGCUCUGCCGCCCGUUGGAGUAGGAACUUAUUAUGGGAUACCGCAAAGCAGGUCUCUUUACUGUUUUUUUUUUGUAAAAUUAUUGAUAACUGAUUAACGCACCUUUCGAUUGUUCAGAACAGGCUGUUAUUUUCAGUCAGUGGAACGGCAGGUCAAUAAUGGAAAAGGAGGUCAUUCAGUGAACUGCUGGUCUUAAAACAGUGGGGAUGUUAAUCAAAUUGGUCAUUUAAAAAUAUGUGACCUUGCCCUACGCGCUCGGUCAUUAUGAAUAUGUUUAAGAAUGCCUCGGAGCCUAAGGCGUUCUGCUAUAUAGACUGUCAAGUACAUUGGAACCUCGUUAUACCGAAAACUUCGUCAUGUAGAGGUUCGUUAUAUUGAGGUUCCACUGUAUGAGCUCGGGCGAAACGAUUAUUCUGAGGAAUAAAUUGAAUCUAUAACGAAAGCAGUGUCCUUUUAAAAUAAAUAUUGUGCAUAUUCUAAAUAUGGUGAAAGUAAAAACAAAAACAAAACAAAAACCACAGACGUUUGAUGUGUCUACAAUGAAAGCAAUUUCAAAGUGUACUUGUCGGUUAAUUAAGCUAAGAAGAAAUGUAAAGCAACUCAACGCUACAUCUUGUUUAUUUUCCUUUGAAUGUCUACUUCAGGGGCGGAUCCAGGAUUUUUUUAGGAGGGGAUGCACUCGUCUCUUGCUCUACUUCAACGCCAAUAAAGCACAUAGUUUUUGUUUUUUUGCAGAAUACCAGUUGUAUUAGAAAACCGCAGGUCAUCUCAGGGGAGGGGGGGCGCACCCCCUGCACCCUCCCCCUAGAUCCGCCUCUGUACUUACCAACCAUUUGCCAUCCUCUAAACCUGAAACAAAGAAAAUGAUGGUUCCUGAACUUAGUGAGAAAGGCGUUCACACUUCAGGAUUAAGUCACUCCUUUUACCUGCUUUCUUUAAGUCACGACACUUCAACCAUCACUUUCCGCUAUUUCGCAUCAAUUGUCUGAGUCUUGCUGGGGUUUCAAAAUUUGGCAACAUCACUCCUUUAGCGCCCUACACUUUACAUCUGUAUUUAAAUUUAGAGAUGACACUAACCCCAGAUCUACAGUGAGUGACAAAAUUAGUUGAGACACUGCCGUAAAGGGCCUUUGUGACGUUUUACCAACUUCAAAAGAGGAAAAUAAAGCUUUUUCUCCCCCAACCCCUCUAAGAAAUGUUUGGCGCUGUACGCGCUAUCUGUAAAAACUUUGAAGGAAGGGCGGGGGAGAGGGGUGCAGAUUUGAUUUUUUCUCCGAAGUACAUGUACCGCAUUUGAGGAUAGUGUCUCAACAAGUUUGUCGCCGAUUGUAGGCGUCGAGCUAAAAGUAUGUGACGUAACUAAACAAGGUUAAUAUUGGCCAGUUUGCACUGAUAAACUCAUGGCCCUCGACACUUUAUAACGUGAAAAAACGGCGGACUAGACCAUAUUACAGGUUUCUGUGUCAUUUGUCGUGUUCGUCACAACAGUUUAUUUAUUCAUUUUUUCUUUUGGUUCAAAACUACCUAUUCUAGUAAUUGACUAAUCAGGUCAAUAACCAGAGUUUAACUCCAUCAACUGACGUAAUACAACUCACUUUGACUGUUAAGAUGACUGCCGCACAUGUUGUCGAAACGUCAGUCACUGUCAACAACAACAGUCCUAUUCAGGACUACACUCACCCUUGACCAUCAUAUCCCAUCUGCUUAUGAACUAACUAUUCUAUCAAUAUGUUCUUUAGAGCCGCAUCUCUCUACUCCCCUCGUCAGCUUUUCCAGAAGUCAACAAUGACGCAGCGGUGGCAGAAAGGAGAAGUGUCCAAUUUUCAGUAUCUGAUGUUUCUUAACACUAUCGCCGGUAAGAUUCCAAAUAAGAAUUAAAGUAAGUAGGGAUGAUUUUUAGUAAAUCUCUAUGGCUGGUCUGCUAAGUCAAAAGUGGCAACUGCUUUAACUCUAUCGUGGUCGUGUGUCGAUCACGGUGGCCGUACUCUGCUGAAGGCCUUCAGCCUACGCGACAAGACUGAAAGGUCAUGUGGGUAGCUGAAUUUAAAUCUCUUUAAAUUUGGGUCAUAACUUCAUGGUUGUCAGUGCCACAGAAUGGUAUAAAACCUCACAAACGUUUACCUUUCCUGUUUUAUGACAGAGUUCUUCAUUGCUAGGUUUGGAAUUUUUAAACGAAAUUUCCCAUACUGCUUUUUUCUUGUCGCUAAGGCUUUCCGACGACUUAAAUUAAAAUCGCUGUAUAUGUAAUGGUGACUUUUUAGCCUGGUGAGCUCAUUUGUAAUCAUCAUAAUAGUGAUUAGUACAAUAAUUAUUUCUUGUCUUGCUGUUUCAGGACGGAGCUUCUGUGAUCUUAAUCAGUACCCUGUUUUUCCUUGGGUAUUGACCAAUUACGAGGCAGACUCGCUAGAUUUGACGGAUCCUAAAAUCUACAGAGAUCUUUCAAAGGUAAAAAGGCAACCUGUAUUUUUUUGCGGACAGCGUUUUAAGAAGUGUUUUAUGUCACACGUGUGAUGUGUCCUAGCUUCUAGUAUUGCUUUUGAAUAGCCAGAAAGCAAUUUUGCUAUAGUUUUGUUACCAGUUGCUGUUUAAAUAUCCUAAAUAUUGAAACUUGUAUUUGCGUAAGCAGAUGACUAGGCCAAAAAUUGAAUGGUUUGCGCAUUUAACCUUUAAUUAACUUUAAUUUUUCCCUCUAAUCUUUAAAAAUAUGACUAUAAAAACGGCUAUAGUUCUUUUUCUCUUUUAGAAUUUACUUGUCAGUAUGUGCAACUGUUUUACACUGUAUCCAAAGAACAGGAGUAACUAUGACCCUGUUUCAGGCGUUCAGGUAGCAGGGUUGGCUUGUAAAAUAACUCUUCUUUUUUUCGCUUUGCUUUCUAUUUCGCGUCGCUUCAAUCCAAACAAAAUGGAACAAGCAAGCUAAAGUAAAACCCACGUUAAGAACAAAUUUACCAAACUUUUUACAAAUUCCCCGAAAACCAAAAGUGUUAUCAGCGCAACAAGCUGCUCAUUUCUAAUCCGUUAUUUACCUACUGGCCUAUCAUUUUGUAUCGACCUUAGCCCAUAGGAGCCUUAAAUCCCACAAGACAUGCGCAGUUCAUCGAGCGUUACGCUUCUUGGGAUGAAAAUGACGACAUCCCACCGUUCCAUUAUGGUACCCACUAUUCUACAUCUGGGUUUACACUGGCUUGGAUGAUUCGCGUGGUAAGUUGGACUGGUUUCUUCCUGCAAAUUAAGUCUGCUGGCUUAUUUAAAGUCUAACGCCUCAACUCAAAUUCUUUGUUAACGGUUUUUGUCAACUUUUUGUGGCUGCUAUUUUUGAUAUUGCUCAUGGUAAUAGGGAAAAAUCAUAUGCAAUGAUUAUAAAUGAUAAUAAUUAGUCAAUGCUUGAAUAGUUUUGUGAAAAAGUGAAAAUAUCACUGCAGUUUAUAGUCCUUCUGAAAUUACAACUACGUGACUUUAAAGGAAAUAUAAGAACAUGUCAGCUUUUACUAUGACAACCUUAUUUUUAUAUCCCUUAAUUUUUUUUGUAACAGGAACCAUUUGCCACCCAGUUUUUGAAUCUUCAGGGAGGCAAAUUUGAUCAUCCAGGAAGAACUUUCUGUUCCAUCAUCCGCUCUUGGCACAACUGUCAGCGUGACACUUCAGAUGUUAAGGUGAGUGUUUAAACCUCCUGGAAGCCUUAAGCGAAGGGCUUGUUUCUCACUUUUCAGUAUAUUCCAGGUUGCGUACGGUAAGGCACCACGGUUUUUGUUGUGUGAUACUUGGUGUUUUUUUUUCUACCCGCCUUCUCCAAUGGAAAGUUAGUCUAUAGUAUUAAAUACUCCCCCGGACCCAAGCAGUGUAGCCCCUGUACUUAUUUAUACCGCUCUUGUGGCUAGAGACGUUUCAGGCAAAGUUUCUAGAGACAAAACCAAUCAAAAGUAUCACUAAACAAACUUUCCUUCACAAAACACGAAAACGCUAACCUUAUUGAUUCAACCUGCCAAAAGUAAUUAUCAGUCGCAUGAGCCAGGAAAAGGAGUUUUACUUCAUGUAAGGCUCAUGCAUAUUCCUCGCAAUACUCCCAGCCUUGACUUAUGAGAGCGCCACCACCUAAAGUGAGCUUGAAACGCUGUUCAAUUCACUGUGUAAAAUCUAGUUUGAGAAAUCAGUAAUAGUGUUGCUUUAUGUUUCAGGAACUCAUCCCAGAGCUUUACUAUUUGCCUGAGAUGUUUGUUAACUCAAACAACGUAAGUCACAUUUUAAUCUCAUACGUUUUCUUCUUUCUUGAAACCUCCUUAUUUUCCAAUGAAAGCGCCAAUCCUAGUCUUCAGCUUCAUUAAUGCUAACAAGUUUACAUGUUUCUUUGAUGAUCUAGCAAUAUAUUCCUGCUCGAGAAAAAAAUUCAUAGGUGGAAACGAGGGUUUACAAUGCUAAAAGUGUCCGACAGAAAAAUUGCUGUAGACCCAGUAGUCUGCAUGUGAGUGAUAAACCUGUUUAUCAGGAUUAAAUACAUGUGACGGAAGCUGUAGCCAGGUGUGAGUCAUAACGCGAUUGUAGCCAGCUGACGCAUUAAACACGAUUGUAAGCAUUUUCUUUUUACGAACAACUAUGGCAAGCUUUAAGUUUAACACGUGGUUUACGACCACCAAACUUACAGAAGCGAGUGUGGAUACCCUCAAGAAAGAGGAUCUCGAUACCGAGGAAGCCCUACAACUCCUCACUCCGACGGACUUGAUCCACAAAUAAGGACAGAAACACAUAUUUUGGAUAAACAUAACGAACUGGCCGGAGACUGAUCAUUUGCCCUUUUGCGAGUAUGAUCGUUGAGUUGAGAUUGGGGCUACAGAAAACAACCACUGCUGGCAAUCAGAGAGGGGUUUCAGCCCGUGGAAACCGAGUUUAAUUCAAGCGGCCUUAACCACUUGGGCCAUGCUACUGUUCAACGGCCAUUAAACAAUUUUUCCCUAGUCAGACAUUUGAUUGUUAUGAGGCUUUUAAAUUGUCUUUAAAACUUUCUUUUCCCGUUGUUGUCUGGUUGGUAAAUAAUGCUUGUUUCAGAUUCUCGUUUCAUUUGUAUCGUCAGUUUAAAGACCGCAGAUACAGAGGUAUUAGUAGAAACGUUGAAGAAGAGUUAAGAAGGCUUAUCUUAGCUUUCUGAUUUCAGUUUACAUUUGGUAUUGAUGAUGAUGGAGUGGUGAUUGAUGAUGUAGAGCUUCCUAAAUGGGCGGCGUCACCUGAGGAGUUUGUGAUGCUUCAUAGAGCGGUGAGUGACGUACAUUUGAGUAAACAUAUUCUGUUUACCCCAAGAUUAUUGCUGUAGUGAGGUCUUUCUCUACAGAUUACCCUCUUGAGACCAAGGACGGUUUGUUACGUUCCUAGCGGUUCUUUUUCCCCGAGAGUAAGGUUGAAUAAAUAUACUGGGAGACUGGGCAUGCGGUUUUCCAUUUUUUUACCUUAGCAGCUUCCAUGCCUUGAAACGCAGUUUCCAACACGCCCAGAUACACUUUUUGUGAAAUCUGAGAAAAAAAAGACUUUGUUCGAAUCCCUUCUCAAGGCACUCUUCGAUUAGGGAUACCUCGAUCCUUUUCAUGGUGGUAGAAACUGACCUAAGAUUCGAUGAGUUUCACUGGGUUGGUGUUGUGUUGAAUUGCACUAUGGGAACGUUUUGGGCGGAAUUUGGAUCCAGUCUCCAACGCAACUUCUUAGAAGUGAUAGCGUCAUCAGUGUAGACCCAUGGUGCAAUUCGACGAAAUACUAAUCCAGUCUCAUGCUCAGCCUCGAAACGGCUGGAAAACUGUACACCCAUUCCUCCUCUUACCAACAUUUUGUCCUAAGUUUGAAGUUAUUGUUAAUAUUGGGGUGAGGGAGGGGUAGUAGGGCAAGUUCGCAGAAUCUUAGACUGAUCCGACAUUGUCUCUUGGAAUCUGACCAUAGUGUAAUCUGAUUAUCUCUUAGGCGUUGGAAUCCAAGCACGUGUCAGCUCAUCUACACGAAUGGGCCGAUCUGAUUUUUGGAUUUAAACAGAAAGGUGAAAUGUCAAAACUCUUGUCCAUUUUUUUUUUUGGCUUCAACUCAAAGGGUACUCUUUCUCAGCUUUAGAGCUAAAAUUGUACCAGGAAGCAGUAUUAUGUAAAGGUGGUACUCACAAGUUUGUACUGAAAAGCGAGCCCUGGGCCCAAAAAACUAGAGAGAAAGCCUCCGUGGGGUGCGGGGACAAAGUACUAACUUUGGACUAAAGGCCCAUUCUCCAGACUCCAAACAGCAGGCUGUUGAUAAAAAAAGUGAAUUCCAUUUCAGUCUAAAGAGAGUUUUUGUAAUUUUGUAAUUGAUGAAUACUCCAGGACAACACUCUUCGGCUUCUUUGUUUACUCUUAUACGCCGACAUAUACGUGUCGUUCCUUGGAGAACUUGACCUGGUGUUCCUGUUUUAUCCAAUCGCCUUUCAAGUAUCGAUGUUCAGUGAAAUUUCGAAAAGUUUGGAGUCAUGCCGAGGAAGUAAAAUGUUGCUUUGUUUUAAAUUGGUCAUCCUAGUCUUGUUGGACAAGCUGAAACCUUACUGUCCUUUUUCUGCAAUAAAAAUCGUUUUUGUUGCUGCUAUCUCAGGUCCAGAGGCUGUGAAGGCCACCAACGUGUUUUUUCAUCUGACUUACGAAGGCAGUGUGGAUCUGGACUCCAUAGCUGAUCCCGUUAUGAGAGAGGUAACUUCAGCGAAAUUCAAUCUGGAAAAAAACGGCAUAUACUUUGAACGCAUAAAGACUGGAAAAUUUUGUUUCAUUGCAGGCUGUGGAGCAACAAAUAAAAAGCUUUGGUCAGACGCCUUCUCAACUGCUUCAUGAACCACAUGUACCAAGAAUUGUCCCAGAAUUCCAGGUAUUGUGUUAACUCUUUCGGAAUGUGGGAUGAAUAUGAAAUGAGUUUUCUCCUGUUGUAAUGAAGCGUUCAGUACAGGCAAUUUUGGAGUAGACUGGAACGAGGCCCCCAGAAUUGUUGCGCGGAAAAGAGUAUUACGUGGGAGCGAGCAACUCUGCCUCGCGUGUGUGCCUCGCUCUCUCGCAUGUAACCUGCUCGUUCGUUCGGCAAUCCUGAGGGAUUGCUAGCAGUCUAUUUUUGGAGGGCCUUCGAUCACUAGAAAUCGCUUGGGGUGUGGUGUAGGAGUCAAAGAGGGCAUGGAACGGGGCGGGGAAACCCACUGCACCCAGUUCUUUCAUUCAGCCUUAUUCGCCACUUUAGAAACGAGAAGGGAACUGGGCCGAGGAAACUUUCGCAAAGACUUCUGGUACUGUUCCUGGGGACGGGGGAUAAAUGGCCAAUAGCCGUCCAGCGCCUCCCCGGUAACGGGACGAACGUCUCCAAUUCCUUCCCGUUUCCAAAGCGGCAAAUUCGCACUCUUUUGAUCUCAACUUCUACUCUCCCCAAUCUACCUCUUUUUUCAAAAUCAAAUGGCGACUACACUCAGGCAGUACUAAAUCCUGGUUUUCACUACCGCAUAAGCAUAACCAUAAGGACAUACACACGCGCAAAAUGGCAUAUUUGACUCAAUUCUCGAUACCAGCUCUCCUCAACCCGAGGAUAAACAAGAUGGCGGACGAUUCGUCCGCCAUAUGACUUUUGAUAUGUUCGCAUGAGGUCUGGGUCAAAGUGACAUAUGAUUGGUCCACGGCCUUGUGCUUAUGCUAAUGCUUAUGUCAACAUAAAUGUCAACACCGUUUUCACUAGUCAAAGCUACGACAUAAGCAUACGCACAAGCACAAAAAGAACGAACUUGUCCGUUUUUCUUGUGUUUAUGCUUAUACUUAUGUCGACCCAGUUUUCACUUGCUUACACAUGUCCUUGUGCUUAUGCUUAUGCGCUAGUGAAAACCAGGCUUAAGUGUCCGAUUGCUAGAAAAAUACGCAUCAGCACAGGAAAUUAAAGUAGCAAUUGAAAUAUCGUGGAGGAUAGUGAAGAGAAGGCCUGGCUGUAGACAGUCUCGUCUUGUGCUUCGAUUAAAAAUCGUUGAAGUCGGUUGACUUGAUUCCGCACAAUUGUAAAGUAAUAAGGAGAUUUGGUGCCAGACGUUUACUCUGGGGAUGUAGGAGCUCAUCGAAUACGAAAACUCUGAUUAAUAUAGUUGUACAGACAAGUUCUUGAGGUUGAUAGUGAGACUGGGGAGUUGUUACUCCGCACAGCGGAGGUUGCUGGAAAGAUUUAGAUAGCAUACGUAAUAUCCUCGAAAAAAGCAACUUUGCUUUGUUGACUAAACCUCUUGUAUCCAAGAAAGGGCGCACGUCGUGACAGCAAGAGAAACGCUUUACUAUUAAAAUAGUAAAGCUAAAGUCAAAUCUUUCAGCUUCGGUCUUUUUAAAACAUCUACCUUUACGUUUCUAUGCAUGUACUCGCAACUGCAUGACCAUUUUAUUACCGUCAAGAGUUAAAGGGAACCUCCAGUUUUACUACAGAAUAAGUUUAAAUCGAAUAAAAUUAUGUUGAUGGACAAAUUUGUUCGAAAUUUAUCCUUAAAAAAGUGUUUAUAUCAGGAAAAGUGAAUUUUAAAAUCGCUUAUUUUCACUUUCAAAUUUCGCGGGCGCCGCCAUCUUGAAUAAUUGUGACGUGUUACGGUUGCUCUAUUGUUCUGGCACAAAGAGCUUUUGUUUAAUAACAAUAGGGCAACCGUAACACGUCACAAUUAUUCAAGAUGGCGACGCCCGCAAAAUUUGAAAACAAAAAUAGGCGAAUCUAAAAGUUAUUUCUUUCUGAUACAAACGCUUUCUUUAAAAAUAUUUUAGAUUGACUUGACUGUAACAGUUAUUUCCUGUGAUUUAAAGUUAUCUUUCUGUUGAAGUGGAGGUUCCCUUUAAGGUGUUGAUUUUUCCUUCUUUCCUCGUUUGUUGUAGAAUCCUGAGGAAGAAGAGCCGUUUAAAAGUAAGUUGAUUACUGGUUGUACGCUUUUAGAUUUCUUAUCGCGAUGCAGAUACAAACCCUCGCUAAGUUCGUUACUUGAGUGUGUGUUUUUUUGGAUAUCUUUUCUUCUGUAACUCAUUUAGUUGCUGCUUAACUGCAGAUAUCUCGUCUCCUUUAAUUUCUUUAUUAAAACUCGCGCCAUUUUUGCUACUUCCCAGAUUUGAGUAUUCUUAUCUUUCUCUUACCUGUGAGCUAAUCCGAAGGAACUAUAUUCAGGGUGCUCCACGCAUAUUUUUAUGGUGCGAGCAUAGACGUUUCCAGUGACUAAUUAAACGUCUGGAAGAAUAUGACUAAUAAUGAACUUCUUUUAGUUACUUCGGCCUUUUUCUUGGGAAGGGAUCACCAUAGGAUAUGUUCACACGGCGCCGGACGAAUUUCCACCGGCUAGAAAAUUUGACUGGAUUCUUAGUUCGUUGGCGCAGGAGGCAGCGUGGACGAGCGGUUAGAGCGCUGGACUUGUAAUCCGUAGGCCCGGAAUUCCAGUUCCGCCCUGACUUUUAGCUGGAUUUGUUUUCGGUAGUCCCGAGUUCAAAUCCUGGGCCAGGCUUGUAGAUAACCAACUGGUUAUCCUACUACCAGUCCUACUACUUGGGAUUCUCAACCUUGUUACAUCUCAUUUAAGUUUAUUUGUGUCAUUAUCCUUGAAAAGCCCGAUAAGGGGAGAGCAUAAUUAAGAAAGAAAGAAAAAAACAAUGAACAUUUCAAUAUUUUCCGCUAGACUUCACUCGAUUAAGGUGGUUCUUUUUGAACGGAACACCUUAACGCACGAAUUUCCAACCGAUCGGAAAUUCUUUCUGUGCUUAUCCGGUUCACAGACCCUCUAUUUUCUCUUUAGAGAUUGUCGAGCGCGCGAAUGAAAUAAACCGAGGGGAUUUAUUGACCGCUGGCUCGCGUGGUCGUCGAUUCUCGCAGAAAACAACGUCUGUGUACAGGCUAUCCUGGACUGGGUGAACGUAACCAUAGAAACUAGAUAAUCACCAUUGGGGACUCAUUCGUUAUUUUGUAAAGAGCAUACCUUUUGCACACCCUAUAUGGUAUUAGUACUAUAUUGUUAUUCAGGCUCUACCCACUCUAUAUGGAACUCCUUCAGUUGCUGCAAAACUUCGAUAACUUCUUACCGUCUAAUAUCCUUUCUUCAGGUAUAUAUCUGACUUUUAAAGUCACAGCUGAUGUCCCUGUAACUCACGUGGCUGCCAACACAGACUCUACCGUCUCCUCCCCUGCCGUAGUGACGAUUAGUUGUAACCAGUGUUUCUCGGUCAACAAGUGGAUUAUGUCAGGUGAGGAAUUUUGUUGACGCUACCUCUGAAUAAUGGGUAAACUGGUAUUUGAGAGAAUGUUAGCGCAAGUAUCGUACCACGAAAGAUUUGCUAUUUACUACAGGGAUUUUUUUGAAACAUCCUCUCCGCUGCAGGGUUAACCCAGGGGACAGAGCGCUGACCUACAAAGUGGGACUGGUCACGGGUUCAAUCCCCUGGCCCGGACUAACAUUCAAGGGGCGGUUCCUCGAAAGAUGGUUACGUUUAACCCAGGAUUAAGCCAAAUUUUAAGCAAGGUUUUUGUCAGUGGUAUAAGAAUGUGUAACUUGAGCUUACAAAAUACUGUCGUGCCUUCACUUCGAAAUAAAGAAAUGAUAACACAAAAAGUUACUGUAAGCAAUGUAUAGGAAGGUAAUUACAAAAAGUGGGACAAAAUUUUAAUCUUGGAUUAGCACUUAUCGGCCUUUUAGGAACAGAACCCAGGGUUUUAAAAUAACUGAGAAGUGAAGGUACUGAGUUUGCCCUGCAAACGGUCAGAUCUUUGCGUGGCUUGAGUGAACAAAAGUUGAAGGACGUUAUUUUUUUUUUUAGGGGACAUGAAGCAAAGUCUUCGUGGUGUUCAAGUAGAGCAGGAUCCGAUGCUAAGUAAGUUUAAAGGGAACUGUCUUGUCCUCAAAGCUUUUUCUUUCGUACAGCUGUUUUAACCGCAAAUGCUCUCUUAAAUAAGCGAGUGCUCCAUUCAAAUAUGCGCCCCCAAUCCUCCCGCAAGAAAGAAAAAAUUCCUUGAAUAUAGGUUAUAAACUGAAGUAGAGCUAAAUAAUUUUAAUACCAGAACUUAAAGAAAACACAGGACUUUGGGAAAGACCUCACAUCGACUGGUGUUUCUCCUUAUAGCUUCGUCCUAGUUUAAAUUUACAAUAAAAAUUCUGUUUCCGUCUUUCUUGAGUGUUCAGCACGUGUGCUAAAAUUCGGUGGCUUACUUGAGAUGUUGGGCUGCCUACGAAGAAAAACAAAACUUGUUGACUUCUAAGCUGUUUUACGGGGUCGCAUUAUCCUAUUGGACCUGUAAUAGAUCAGGCCAGGAGACAAGUAGUCGCUAAAGAGAGCUCUUACUAGCCGGGGUUUGUUACGUCUGCGACCCAGGCUACGAUCCCUUGCGAUAGGUUUCGUUUACGAGAGCUUCUGGCAACCCUAGUGCUUUAACUGUAUUUUGGCUCGUGAUCUUGGAUAAGUUGCUUGUAUUGUAAUGAGGAUGUUGUUUGAUUUUGUUGGCAGUGACACCCACUGGUCGACACAGGCGACAGCUUGGUGAACCGUUGGACCAGUCUGUUACACCUACCGCCUGCUGUUUUGUGGUAACCGCUGAUAACAAGCACAUCAUGGCUUGCGGUUACUGGGAUAACAGCUUCAAGUGCUUUUCAGCGGAUAGUGGUGAGGCUGGUAUUCUUGUUUUUGAUAUAAGUAAAAUCAUCUUAUGGAAGGUGUCAUGGAGAGUAGAUUUUUUUGUGUUAAGGCUUAGGAUCAAGGAAAGGAUAUAUUUCAUUCAAAAUAUAGACCGAGAUAACGUAGCGCUUGCUUGGAAAGUAUCCGGGAGGCCGCUGCUUCUUCUAACAGUGAAGAUAAUAUGCGUCUGUCGUUUGAGAAGGAAACCUCGGUGGCUAUAAACACCUGCAGUAGUCAAGACUGAUUAAUAAAUGUCACAUUUUCGGGUGUGAAUCCCAGCUCAACCAACUCCUCACGGAAACUGUCAUUGUCGCGACUACGAGGUAGUAUUAUUGGUAACACCUGAUUACCCGUUAAGCCAUGAGGCAUUAAAAGUGUCCGUGCAACGUAUCUUAGAAAUCCCAUGUUUCUCCAAUUCAGUUUAAGUACCACCGUACUUUGUUUCACAGGAAAAUUGACACAGUGCGUGUUCGGUCACUGGGAUGUAGUCACGUGCUUGGCAUACUCACGUCACGUGGGUUUAACUGGAGGAGAUGCGCUUGUGGUUUCGGGAUCACGUGACGCCACCGUGUUAGUUUGGCGUUGGAGUGAGCGGCUUCAGAGAGUCACCGCAUGUUACCGCACGGAGGGUAAGUAGUAGCGUAGAGUUUAACCACUAUGGAGGCAUUGAGUUUCGAUAACUCGAGAAACCUUCAAUACACGUACAAAGUGAGUGUGUUUGUCCACCAUUGUUUAUCCAGUUACAGACCAGAGGAGCCCGCAAUCCUUAUUCCGUGUUACUAUUACGCAUGCGCAACACGUAUGUAGCCAGCAUUCGUUUUGACUCUGGACUAGAAUGAAAUGGAAUGUAUAGAAUGCAAUUUGAUCACGCGCGUUUGGACCUCAUGUCUUUCGAAAUCUGAUCACUCAUGUUUUGACCUAUCGCGUGAAACUUACGCAAAGCACAGCGUAAGAGCAAGCGUUAAAUCUGUCCAUAACAAUUCAUAUGGAUGAAUCUGACAUGGCACUAUUAAUUUUUUUGUGUAUAUAUAAGGAAUGCGGUCUAUCGGUUGGCAAGACGGCUGAGACGAUAGUGGAUCAUCAGUUCUUAGUUCUUUGAAACUAAUGUACUUUGAAAACUGGAGCUCUAAUGUAAUCAUCUAAUUCAAUGAAAAUUAGCGUUUAUUACGUUUUUUUUUUCAUAGAAAGUGGGUUACUAUUCCAGAUCCGAGAACUAUCUUUAUUUAAAUUGCGCCUGUUAUAUGCGUAUGUUAAAACUAAUGUAAGUUUGCUUCUUUCCCAAGGAGAUCAUCCUUCCCCUCUGGCCAUUCUUACGGGUCAUGAACAGCCAGUUGUCUGCGUGGAUGUCAGCGCUUCGUUAGGAAUCGUGGUCAGCGGUUCACAGGGUAUGUUGGUAUCAUAGCAACUACAGUAACCAUACUCCGGUAAUUGAUUCUCGCAGGGGUCAUCCGUCCAGGCCAAAAGGUUUCACUCAAGAUCAUAGACCCCCUGUGUCAUUCGUUACUAAGUCUGGUCCAAAAAGCUACACGCUUCACAUAGUGUGUUAACGUUCUUCUUGUUGAUGUAAAUCUGUCAAUUUUAUUUCUUUUAGAGGGGCCUUGCCUUCUACAUACCACUACAGGAAACCUGUUACGCACCUUGCGAGGGCCUGGGGAGUGCAUCAGACCGAGGUUAUUGAAACUGGCCCGUGAUGGUCUGGUGCUAGUUAACUACACUGACGGUACAGGCCAUCUGGCUGUUUUCACAAUAAAUGGCAAGUUACUGAGCGAGAAGAAACUUGACGAUCAGAUGCUGGUACGUGAUGUUGUCAUUGAAAGCGUAGUUUGUUUUCGGUCCUCGGUUUUUCCUUAUUUUAAGCUUUCGUGAAAUUGUAAGACAGUUGACAUUUAAAGGGGCUAUGUCGUGCUAUUUGCUAUCUUUUUAAAAAGCUAAAACGGUGGCAUUGAGAAAUUAUUCCUGGCCCUUUGGGUUGUAAGCCCCGGCAUACCUUGCGUGGUGUAUUUUAUUUGGAUCUCGACAGAUGACCGACAGUUAUUUGCAGGUCAGUUACGACUAGAAAAUAGUAACUGUGUUUCUGUUUUUCAGGCGCUCGCUCUUAAUAAAGAUGGAAAUUUUUUCGCGUCCGGUGGGUUUAGUCGGUACUUACGGAUAUGGAGGACACAUGAUUUGGCUUUGCUUCAUACCUAUCCACCUUGUGACGGCAGCAUCAGAGCUCUAGCCAUCUCCACUGAUCAGAGGUACGUUGAUUAUAAUGUUAGUGAAGGUUUGCACACAAUUACAGAUCGGUCGUUUUGUGGCUUACUUCCGCGCACGUGUAAUUCCCCGCUCCAGAAACUAUAA